AGACAUGCUUUAUUAUGAUACUACUUUAUAGCUUGGGGAUAAUUCUCCUUCUUCUUUUGGCGGCUAUCUUCUUUGGAAGGUACGUUAUGAUGUACAGAAUCGAUGGACAAAUUUUCCCUAAACUUUUUGUUUCUUCGUGAUCGAUAUUUUUUUAUAGCUUGGUUUUAUUUUUUGUUAAACUUUGUAAAGAAUUAUGGUAACGAUGAUCGUAUCUAAAAAACAAUUACAAUUUAACUGUGUUAACACCCAAUAUUUAUAAAUCGAUUAUCUGAUAAAUUACUGUAGUUUUAAUAUUGCAUGGAAAAGCUGCAGGAUCUGAGUAGCGUUUGCUUAAUUCGCACAACUUUGCAGUGGCAGCUGACAACCUCAGCCCCACUAGCACAAACCACAAAGCUUAAUUAAAGAAAAAUAAUUUAAAACCAUCAAGCUCCAAUAUAAUCAAGCUUUGAACACUUUAGGAAGAAUAGAAGGUUUUUCUACAAAAUUUCGUUUAGAUUGUUUGGGGCUUUGUUUGUAGUUGCAAUUAGUUUUCCUUGUACUGCAUGACUUGUACGUGAUGUUGUGGAAAGGUUUUCAGCCUGUGCAAUGGUAAUAAAAACAAUAUAUAACAAUAUAUACUUGGUUUUAACCUUUGGUUAUAAUCAGUUAUAAUACAGUCUGGCAAAUUAAUUGACAAAAUUUAAUACUACUUUUUUCUUUCAUCUUAUUAAGUCUAAGAGGGAUUUUUUCAUUGUUUUGUUACUUGAGGUAUAUUUCCUGUUAGGCUCAUAAGCUUAUUUUUUGCUGAUUCCCCAGUACUGAUGCAUAUUUUCAACUACAUAUUUCUAGUUAACUUUGUUUAACGUUACUUUUCAUUGGUCACAAAAAAACCCACAAACCUUCAAAACUCAUUUCAGAAGAUCAAAGCUUACAUUUUAUAGAUGUUGAAGGUCAAAGUUGAAUUCAGAUUUAAAUUAUUUUUUUAUCUAGGUGGAUUCUCAAUUCCCUUUAUAUUCUAAUUCGCUACCCCGCUCAAACGAAUAUAAAACAUUUAUCAUGUAACAAGCAACCUCAAUUGGGGUGUGUCAACACGAGCCGUGUGCGACCCUCUUUAUUAUGCCUUCAUCAACAGAAUGGAUGGAAAUAAUACAACAAACAGAAUGAAAACUUGGAAAUAAUUACAGGGCCCAACAAAAUGAUCUAAACUAAAACAAUCAUUCAAAACAUACAAAACGUGCUAAACCUUUCAAACUAUGCAAAAACUACGGUGAUCACUGGGUAUUUAAUUUUGAAAAAAAAUUUAACAACUCAAUUUAAUUUUAAUGACAACAGAACAACAUACCAUAACACCAACCCAUGAUAAAUACAUUUGUCUCCUAGAAAAAAUAAUUAGGCAAAAAAGAAUUUGAGAAUCAACCUGGGUUAAGUUUCAUAAAAAAUUCUAACCUGAAUUUAAUUUUGACCUGCAACAUAGACACUAGUGAAGAAAAAAGAAAAAAAUAUUUUCAUAUUUCAAUGGAUUUUCACUUUCUAUGACCAGCUGUUUUUCGGCUGCAUGUUUUGUCCAGGCCCCUGUUGUUCAAAUGUUGGAUAGCCCUGUCAGUCAGAUAAAUCACUAUCCAGAAGAUGAGUAUUAAGGAAAACAACUGCGUUAUCCACUCGACAGAUUUUUAUCCAGUGGAUAGCACUAUCCAAUGUUUGAACAACUGGGGGCAGAUCUCCUACUGCUACUAACUGGGAAUAUUUUUUAAAAUGUAUGUAUUUUUUCUUUGUUUCCUAGAUUUUUUGCCUGGUUAGUUGAGAUUGCUGCUCAGUAUUUCUUGCAUCUGGAUCUUAAACUUGAUGCCCUUGGCUUAUUUGCUUUGAGUGGUAUUGAGAUUACAUUAAAAAAUGGGAUUAAAAUUGUAAGUUGAAAACCUUCAUGAUGCUAUUUGUUGGAUAAACAAGUGAUUAUUUUCAGGGUGGGGGUUGUAGUUUAACUACAAGGCUGAGGUCAUGAAAGGAAGAAGAUAUCAAAUAAUCAUGACAGAAAGAACAGUCAAUUAAAUUAAAAAAGUGUUUAAAUGUUUUAUGAGGUGGAAUGAUUUAAGGAAGAAGUGGAUGAAUUUUGGAAAGAACGAAUGAAUAAAUUUUUGUGAAAAAGGAGAGUAGGACUGGAAGAGUGGGUGGGAGAAAAUGAAGGAAUAAAGAAGGGAGGAGAAAAGAAGUAAGAGAAAAGUAGAAAGGAAGGAAGCGUGUCGGGAAAAAGGGAUCGGUAAGAAGUUAAUGAAUGAAGAUAGUGUAGGGAAGGAUGUUCAGAGAAGAAAGGAAAGAUGAUGGAUCUUUGUAUGAUAAACUAUUAAAAAUGUACUAUUAAGUAACUUACAGUUGCUGUAAUUACCUCAAAUCAAUAGGAAAUAGAAAAAAUAUGUUUACACUGCAAGUGGACUCUGAGUGAUUCAAAGUAAGUCUUUAUGUUUUGAAAAAAUUAUAUAGAAUGAUUUUGUUGUGUUUUCAAUUGGCCCAUUAUUAUGGCCCUUGCUGGGAUUUCACCCAGAAGGCAAAAUCCUGAGGAGGCAUUCUAGUAGCUUGCGCACGUAUAUAUGUAUAGAAAAGUAAUUAUAGUUGAAGUGUGGAGUCAGUAUACCAGGAAAAAUCGCCGGGUUAUGAGAACAGUUCAACUGUGCACAUGCCGCAAGUAAGAAAUGGUUAGGAUGACACAGAACAGAAUAUGUUCAAAGGGACAGCUUAUGUUGAUUUUGUGACACUUCGAUACUUCGAUAAUGUUAUAUGUUACGUGUGUUCAGUGAUAUUCUUUGGAGCAGCUGUUUUGAAAGAUAUGGACUGAAAGAUACUUGUUAAGCACGGAUAAAGGUAUUAAGGGCAUGUAACUGUGUGUAACUACUCCACUUGGAGGGUUUACCAGACAUGAGUUUAUCAUUCACAUCAUGCUUGAUUGGAAACGAUUUGCCAGACUCAAGCAAUUUGAACAAUCGAGUGAAUCAAGCUAGCUUAUCGGCAGAACAAUGGACCAUUACUCGCUGACAAUUAAAUUCUGUGCUGAUGUUUUCCCUGCUCAUAGAUGUCCCUCUUUGAAGCCUUUUUUUUAAAGCUAUGUAAUAGUUAAUAAAAGGACUAGAAAGUAAAUGUGAAUUAAUCAAACUUUAUAUUUCUAAGGCUUACUUUCUGGCUAUUAAAACAAACUGUAUGUAAAAAGUGCAAGAAAAUAUGGGAUAAAUUACCUCCUCUGAUCAAAUCUUUUCUUGUAGUUUUAUAGGAAAAAUUAUUGAAACUGAGAAUGUUUUGAUCAAAGCUGUGCAAAUCAACCUAAAUUAGUGCAUGAAAUCUUGAAUUUCCUGUUUUGUAUCUCACCUAUUGUUUGGAAUUUGUGCAAAAAUCUUGAAUAUGAAUUGGUAUAUCUCAAAGAGCUACACAAAGAACAAGAAUACAAUUGAUGACAACUGACAGAGCGGGUGUAGCUGUAGUGUCAACUACAGUAUGACUACUUAAUUAUUCUGUCCAUAAAGAUGUGAACUCAUUUACAAAAUGUGACUUGCUUUGUAGGAGACUAUUUACAGUGUUAUGUAAAGGUGUUGUUGUAGAAAUAAAGAAAGGGAAUCAUGAGAAUAAAAGCCAAGUGGAUCAGGUAGCAAGGCAAAGAUCAUCAAAAAACUUUGGUGAGCUUCAUCAUUUCUGAUGUAUAUGUUGUCGUUCCAUUUUAUCCCUGGUUUAAAUUUCAUUCUUCUUUGUUUCAAACUCAUUAUCAUACAUUACCAUUCCCACAAAACAAAGGAUAAAAUUGAACCACAACAUAUAUGUUGAACCCCAUGAAUAUUACCACUUUUGGGUCUUGAAUUAUAGUGAUCAUAUUAAUAAGGUUUAUAGAAAUCAGAUUGACUGAGUGUUUUUAAGUUUCAAUCAAAAUAAUAAUGUGAUUGUAACAAAGAAGUGGUUGUAAAAAUGGGGUGCUUGUUAGGCAGGGUUGCAUAUGGCCUUGUUAUCUACUUUUUACAUCUUGUGUAGAAAAUAAUAAAUAAUGUCAAAAGAAGCAAAAUGAGGUUAAGUGCUCAGCCUUUGAGAUGGAAAUGAUUUUUCAUUCUCAUGCAAAUAAAACUCAUUUUCACCAGAAAGAUUGUGCACUAAUGGCCUCAUUUUGGGAGUGAAGGUUUUUAGAACUCAGAAGUGGCCUAUUAGCUGGAUGUGAAGGAGGGGUUAUUGUUAUGCAUACACACAAUAUGAGAUACAAAUACUGGUGUAUACAUACUGUAUUGUGCAGUAAUAUUGUUUUGAAAGUUUUUUAGACAACCUGAUUACUGAAGUCAGUGAAGCACUGUCUUUCUUUAUUGUUACCUUUUCAGUGGUGAAACAUAAAAAAACCAUCUCAAGACUUUUAAGAAAAUGCUGCCAGGUUUGUUAAGGCUUUACUUGUUACUUUACUAUCAGAUGCUCCAUGGUAUUAAGUACAAUGUUAUGUAUGCUGUAAGUACAACAAAGUUUGAUACAACAUUUUCUCCAGAUUCCACUCUUAAUCAAAAAUAAUGGAGGUUAAAAUAGUUUGGUCAGGAAAACGUAAGCUUCAUGUGGAUGUGUGGAGUAUUGCUAGAUUCAAACUUUUUUUCUCAAACUCUGUAACUUAUAUUAUGUGACUCAUGGAUAUUUGUAAAGUAAAAACUGACUCACGAAAUAAAUGAUGUUGGAUGUACCAAGAUAAUUAACAAAUUUUUUUUACAGUGCAUUUUGUGUUAUAAAUUGUACACUGUACAAUGUACAUGUGCUUCAAGUUUAAAGUUGAAGUUGACUUUUGAAGUAAGUGGUACAGUAUAGCAGUUUUGCAACCCAAAGAAAUAGUUAAAUAGUAAAUACUUACAGUUUGAAUGUAUUUUUCUGAUUUUAAAACAGUAUGUGGGUAUUCAGGUGUCCAGUGUCCAACUUAUCAUUAGAAACAAAUAUGGCCCACAAACUCAAUGCUUUCUUCCUGAUGGACUACACUUCUUUGCUAGGCCUGAUAAUAGAUGGUAAGGAGAACAUGUCCUGUAGGAAAACAUUUAGGUUAUGUAUUGGACUCUGAAGUGUCUGCAGUUCAGAUGAAAUGCUGUGUUGAAUGUUUACUGUCAUGCACAUAAUCAUAUUAAUUCAGUGCAUGUAUAAUGCCUCUAACAGUUUUUGUACAGAUCAGGAAAGUCUUUUAAAAAAAUGUUACAAAUCUUUGCUGUUAUUUUGAAGUAACUUUUACUCCCUCUGUAGAUUUAACACUGUCUUCUGUUUUGUGCUAAUGUCCUUAAUUUUAGUCUAACCUCUUAAUGGAUUUUUGCUUCUUGUUUCUGUUUCAGUUUGUCUUCUACCUUGGAAAUAGCCAAGAUAAGAACAAAGUUAUUCAAUGAUGUAGAGGUAUGAGGAACUGAGAAUACUGCUAAUGCCUAAUAUUAUUGCAUUGGACAUGGCAUGUACAGUGCAAGCACUUGAUUAAUUUUUGAACAAUCAGACUUUUAACAUCAAUUAUUUUUACAUUCAGUUAUAUGUAUUUUUUAAGGCUACUUGCUGUGAACAGCAUGCAAGAAAUGCAAUCCACACAUCUGUACGUACUUUUAAUGAUCCAGUAAUUAUUUCUAUGACGUGUAUGUCAGCUACAAGUUUAACCUUGCCUUUCUUUCAUUGUUGACAUGAACAUGUGAAUGAACAGAAUAAUAGUUGAUUUCUUCUUUUCUUUAGAAUGAAAUUGAUUUCACAUCGGAUCCUUUAGCAGAACUGUCAUGUUCACUUCUUAUGGAAAUUUCUGUUGUUCCUUUAGAGAGCUUCAGGCUACAGGUAAACUUGGGAUGCAUAUAACAGAUUAUUAAUAAAACAAAUAAUAUAAAAGAUGGCAUUAUGUGUGUUCUGGUGUGAAGAAAAAUGAUGAUGAUGACAGAAUUAAAGGUGAUCUGUUUUGACUUUGUUAUGGUUUUGGUAACUUAGCCACUUAUGUCCAUGAUUCAGAUUGCACUCUCUCGCAAAAAUUUGGUAGUAAUUUCUUUUUACAGUUUUAGCAAGAAGAGAGUGAAAGGAAAUUGCUUGCAGAAAUGUAUGGAAGUUAAUACCAAAUAUAGCAAGAAUAACAAAUUCAACAAGGAUUAAAAGCUGUAAGAAAAAUUUGCUAGCAAAUAAUUUUUGUCUCAAUUAUAGCAAUCGUGUGAAAACAAUAAUAACCUGGAACAAACUGAAGUUAAAAAAACAACAAUAUCAAAAACUACAACAAAAAACCCAGAAGAUGCUGUGAUUGGUUAUUCUUCAGUUCUGGACGUUUUGUCUCACAAUGCAUUGUAAAUCCUAUUAACAGAUUUCUUGGUACAUGUAUUAUGAUUGUAAGGUUCUUGGUGUCAGCUACAUGUAUGCUAACUCAACUUAAUUUACUUUUGAAGUAGGUUGAUAAAUAAAUUGGCUAUUCUGAAAUGAGGUUCUUCAUACACAGUUUUUAAGAAAUAAUAAUUGUUGUUAUUGUUUUUAUUACUAUUAUGCAAAUUACUGAUAAAGUCCUUUUCUCUCCUUUCAUUAUAGAGUGCAACUGUAAAUAUCAAGAAUGUAGAUAUUUUGCUUUCCGAGGGUGAGCAAUGGCUGUUUUAGUCCGUCAGUUCAUCCUUCAAACUUGCUACAUGUAUCAUCACUAUUCUGUCAUCAUAAUAGAGUAAUGAACAUUGUGUAUAUUUUAGAAAAUUGGUACUGAGAUGCAGUCAAUGUAUAUGUUGUACAGUCAUAAUAACGACCACUGUUGCUUGAAAAUAGCCACUUUGUGGGAAUAUGCUAUGCACAGUAUACAAGCUUGUGAGGCAUCAAGAUGUACAAUUAAAGCAUGCAAGUCAUUACCCAAGCAUGUGAGCUGUCAAAUGAAACUGUCUAUUUCAGUGUUCAAAUUGAUGGAAAUUUAGUACUUUUAUCAAGUGUACAAUUAAAGCAUGCAAGUCAUUACCCAAGCAUGUGAGCUGUCAAAUGAAACUGUCUAUUUCAGUGUUCAAAUUGAUGGAAAUUUAGUACUUUUACUGUGCUUUUCACAAACACGCGAACUCUAAAGUUCAAAAGCCGCCUUAACAAUAAUUGCGUUUUUCGCUGCCGUCAAUCAUAGUUACGAUCACAAGCAACGAACCUUGAAACACAGAAACACACAAAAUGGAUCAAAAACUACCAAUCACAAAUCACAAACCAUGACCUUUUGAAUUCGUGUAAGUAAAGUUCUCUUUCCUAAAAGGUCUGCUAAGAUGAUUGGCGGCAGCGAAAAACGCAAAUGUCAGUUGGCUUUUGAACUUCAGAGUUCGUGUGUUUUUGAAAAGCGCAGUAAAAACAUACAAAUUCUAACUGAUGUCUCAUACUGAAAGACUUCAGUUUUGUGGACUCCAUUGUUUUGUUUUAGUUUACUCUUACAUGUAGUACUGAGGCAUGCUUUUUGUGCAAAGUUAUUAUCUGAAAAUACACUAGCUCCUUAAUGACAAGGGUUUCUGGUCUUUCUUAGUACUAUUCCUGUUCUGGAAAAGGCAUAAAAGUGUGAGACCUCUAUGACAUCUAUCUUACUCCUCUCAGGUUUGCUUGAAAGAAAGAGCAAUUUAAAAGCCGUAAGCAUUCAAGAGGAAAUGAAAGUGAAUCCAAUAGCUGCGGCAAAGCCCUUUACAUUAGCAGAAAUUCAAGAGAAGAUUUCUCAUAUGCCAAAGGUAACAGGACUAAGGCUACAAUUGUGCUCUAAGAAAAGAAACCGAGCCCAGGAACUGUGAUCCUGUGUAAUCCAGGUUUUAGGUCACUCAUGGGCUAAGUAAUUCACCACUAUGCACUGGGCUCUGCUAAAGCACAGCCCUACAUGUAGAUACAUAUAAGCAGACUAACUUUAUAGCAUCUAAGCCAGACAACAUCUUGGCAGCCUUGAAAUGUUGUUUCCUCUUAUUUAUAGUAAUUCCUUGACAGUUCUUUUCAGUCAAUAAUAAUAAAUUACUUUGUAUACAGUUAUGUUCUUGCCAUGUAAUAAUUAUGCCAAAAUGUAUUUGUUAUGACUUGAAGUCUUAUAAAACGACCUAUGUAUUUUUAAACGCUAAUUAGAGAUGGGGAUGUUCAUGAUGAAAUUGUUAGGUUCUUUGCUUAUCAAUAUUUAAUAGUUUUUUAAGGUUUGCACAAGGUUCUCAUCAGCAAAAUUUUCCAUAAACUGAUUCAUGUUCUCAGUAAUAAUUUGUACCAUUUUCUUUAGAGUAUUGAGCUUGCAGUGGAAGUUACCAAAGUCACAUUUUUAAACAAAGAAAAAAGGUAUUUUUGAGAACUUUGUAAGUGGCUAGACAGUGCACUUUAUAUACCCGGCCCCAGUUGUUUAGAUGGUGGAUAGUACUAUACACUAGAUAAACCAGUUUUGAAUAAUAAUAAAUAUAUUGGACAAUGCAAUUGUUUUUCCUUAAUAACAGUUAUCCAAUGUUUGAGCUUUUGAGGCCCUGCCAGGAUCAAUUCCGACAAGCGACAUGGCUCAAAAAGUAGCAACAGCGCGUAGACUGAAAUUGUGACAAGAGAGAACCUCCCUCGGCCAAAUUGCGACAGUGACGGCAAAGCCAACAAUGAGUGACAAGCACUUAUAAACACCGACACGAGAGGUUUUAAAAUUCAGACGGGUGACAUGGGACCCCCCUGGCAGGGCCUCACUUUUGGGACCUUUACAAAAGUGAUUAAAAUAUUAUUGGAAAUAAAAGUGGUCUUCUUAAAUGUUGUCCAUUUGCAAGAGAGAGUUGAGGACAUGUACAUUUAUCUCUUCUCACUCACUUAUUAUCUUGUGUACAUUAUUGCACAGAUGAGUUGUUUGUAACACUUUCAAAAACUCAUUAAUAAUUCAUAAAGAAAAAAAAAUUAAAGAAAUUGAUGUUUAAUGAGUGUCUUUAUAUCCGAUAGACCAAAAUAACUCCAAAUCUAAAUAUUAGUGCAGCAAUGAGUUGAUCUAUAUCAGAGAUUUUGAAGCCGUUCAAAAAACUCGCAGUUGUGUAUUAUCAGGUUUAAAAACUCAGCUUUGCCUCAAGUUUUUAAACCUGAUAAUACACUCCUGCGCAAUUUUUAAACAGUACAUCCUUCCCAAUGCUAAGUUUCUGUAAAAUAUUUUACUCAUAUUUUGUGUCAUGUAUUUAUAGUUGUUGAGAGUAUAUUCCUUGACGCAAAUAUUUCUUUCUUUCUACAUGGUCUUAAGCAAGGAAGAAAAUUUACAAUAAUUUUUAAUAAAUGUUGGAACUUGUUUUAAAAAAAGUAUUAAUUUUUUGCAAUUUUUAUUUAGUUCCCUCACACUAGAGGUGAAAAAAAUAGUCAGUUGUCUACAUUCUCAGGGGAGACCAUCUAACAAUUCACAAGCUUCCCCUCAGUGUGAUCUGAAUGUCCAGAUGUCAGGUAUUAGUUUAAUAUUUACAUGUAUGUUGUGAAAUCUUAGAACGUUUUGUUGUUGAAAUUAAUUCUGAUUCUGGAUGGUUUAAUUGUAGAAUUUGAUUAUUAAUUGUUUGUUUUUGCUUUCUUGACUGCCAGAAAAGUUGAAGAAUUACAGAAUUUUGUGCCUUCUGUGAUUGAAUGGUGGUUCUAGAAAUGCUUUUCAUUAUUGCUGCAAAUUUACCUUUGAACAUAAGCCUAACAGUAUUAGUCUAUUGUUGGUUUUUUGUUCAUAAUCAUGGAACGUUCAGCCAAGGUGGCGUAAAGGAUAUCUAGUGUCAGGGGGUUAGUACAACAUUGAGAGUUGACUCUAUUAUCAUUUUUCUUGCUUUCUACAGGAAUGGCAAUUAAAAACAUGAAGUGUUUCAGAUUGUGUGAAUUGCAAAGACUUAGAAUUGAAUCAAAGGUAUUGUAAAAUAGCCACUCUACACUACAUAAAAUUAUUGAAUUCAAAAUUAAAAUGUAAAAAAUAUAUCCUUGUGACAUGUUCUUUUGUUUGUGUUAUGUUCUCUAUGUGAUAGCUCUCCUGUCAUUAUGACACCAUUGUACUUGCCUCCACUUUGUACAUUGAAUCAGUUGGUUAUGCUCAUGUCCAGGAAGACUUCACAUAUUGGCUAGAAUAUUUCAAGUCAUGGAGAAAAGACCUGAGUAUAUCAGAUACUUCAAGGGAGGGGAGCUUCAAGAAAGGGUAAGUACUGUUGAAAGGUUUCUAGAUGAAAUUGAUGAAAAGAAUCAGUUGAAUAGAGGAGCCAGCAAAAAAGGCUGUAGAUUUUUUUUGCUUUUUGUCAAAUCUUUCCAAAUACAUGGAGGGUCUAACUUGGUACCAAGACCAUUCUUAUCUAUCAAAACUUUUGUCUGUAAGAAGUUGUAAAGAGAAAGGCUAAAAACAAGAAGAGGAAUAUAAAACUGUAACAAGUCAAGGAAAGUGCAAAGCUACGUGCAAACGGACCCAACAAUUCCUAACAUUGUUGACCUGACAAUGUUGGGUGUUGUAGUGUCUGUUUGCAUGUAGCUAAACGUUUGACCAGUUUCAAACUUUGUGCAACAACACCCAACAACAUGCAACAGGGUGUGCAAACAGAUACAACAUGUAACAUCCAACUGUGUCGCAUCUGUUUGCAUGGGGCCUAACGAAUUUCCUGUAGCAAGAUAAGGCUGAAACAAAAUAAUUUUCAAGCAUUGCUUGAUUUGUUACAGUUUAAAACAAACGUUUUUCAUACAGUACAGUAUGCAGUUUUAUGAGUGUUUUUGACUGAUGUGCUAAUUUUUUUUGUGCUUACAAAAUACCCUGAAAAAAUGCAGCUAAAUCUCUUAGAUAGGUAGAACGGUAGUCAUUUACAUUGUAAAAUUAACUUCUAAAGCUUUGGCAAAUCUAUCACCAUUUUGUACUCAUAGGACUGACACUGGUUAGUAGUCGUUUUGAUACAAAGUUGUUUUGAUGUUAGUCGUUUCGAUACGAGUUUAUUCAUUCGAGGUGUAAAUAGUUCCACGUACUUGGCUUAAAGAACGAAGAUAUUCACUCAAAAUGUUUUUCUUGUUCACUCACAAACUGUACCUGAGGUGAACAACAUUUUUGUGCAAUUUCACUGCUUGAGUUUGUAUCAAAACGACUUGUAUUGAAACGACUUUGUAUCGAAACAACCGGUUUCCCUGACACUACACACAAUGAUAGAUUUUCCAGAAUCAAUUGGGCCUUGACGUACAGUCAUGAUUUCCAGGAUCUGGAAGUUUGCAGUUACAUGUACAUUGUAUUUAUGCAUUAUAUUCAGCGGAUAUUUGUUAUUUGUUUGCAGGCCCAAGAGAGGGAUUUUAUCAAGUCUCCCAGCUGAGCUGGAGAUAACAGGAUCCGUUGAAGUGACUGACUGCUUUUCACGGAUGUUUAUUGCCAGUCCACGUCCAAAUGAUCAGCCUCUGUGCCAUGCAGUGCUUGUUUCUCUCAAACUCAAUGUUAAAAUGUCUUCAGAAGGUAAGCAAAUGUACUCUUCUUAUUUCAAUUUGUGUGAAAAACUGGAAACAGUGAGUAGCACCAUGCGAACAUCCCGCCAAAAAAGGUCCAAUGAAAUGGUCGUACCACAAGAUUUCGUUUACAGAUUCAAAAGUUGUUAUAAUACAUCGUUGCCACAGGACAGAAAAUGGUCAGUGAAAAAUAGAAAUUCCUCCUAAAAUUCUUUAUGUCGUGGGCACCUUUUUAAAAUUUUGCGCAAAAGGCAGCGAAAAUUGACGCAGAUUACUUUGAUCUCAAGGAGGCGAAUGUUCACUUUCAAAGUACAAAAAACUUUACAUUCACGAAACAGGGAUAACAAAAUUGAAAAAAUGGCUGCAAGGAGAGGCUGGAGACGUUUCUGUAUCUUACGUUAUUUUUCCCAUUUAUUUGGACAGGGAGAUAGAAAAAAGUCAGGGAAUUUUGAGUACUCAUGUCUGUGGCAACCAUGGUUCAAAAUAGCAGUUUUGAAAUAAGAAAACUAUCAACGUGAACAAAACAACUCUUGUUUGGUCUGAAAUGUACAGCGUAGACCUCAAAAGUUACUGUAAAUACUUCUUACUGACUGAGUUUGUGGUCCGUACCAUAAGUUAUGUACUAAGGUUUUUCCCAUCUGCACUUGGACCUUAAUUCAACUGACAAAAAACGGGGAUCCCCCUUUAGAGUAUGGACCUUAAAACGAAGAUAUUAAGAUAGUCAACGGUAUUAAUCGGCUGCGCAGGAAAGGAAACUUUUAAAUUUGGUAGACUGUGCAAGUAGCAUACAGCCCACAAUAUUGACCAAUCACAGCGCACGUACUUAGUGAGAGAUCUGUGUAAUAUUAAGAGGUGAUAACUGAUUACUUGUAUUAUCAAUCCCCCGUACAGAUAUAAAGCAGUUCAACUCAGGAAGAUAUCUAAGGUACACCAGUUUCUGUUGACUACAUGUAACCCUUGAUAUAAGUAUUGUUACCCUGUGUUUGAUUAUGAUUAACAGAUGUGAGGAAAAUUAUUUCUGUUAUCGGAAGGAGAGAGAAUAGUCAUCUCCUCGUAAACUUUGAGUUAUAUAAGGCAUAUGUGAUCUAAAUGAACAUUCUAGCUAUCUGGGGCCGGAUUCAAGAAGCUUUCCUAACAGUUCUCAGUGAGUCCGGCUGUAGGAUCACAACGUCUUGAUGAUGGGAGCAAUUUGUGAGAAUAAGUCAUGCGAUGAGAUACGUUAUCUCUAGUGGACAUAACAUGUGGGCAGUUGCUGGGUUACAAUAAUUUCCACCAGUUACAUGUACUGCAAAGCUUCCUUAAAGUUGUUGUGAUUCUUCACCUACAGUUGCAGAGUAAGGGUAGAAAACGCAUAUUUGUACUUGGAUGCCAGCCACAGCCAGUUAACAGACGGUCUUAUCUCUGGUGUAGUAUCCAGUACUUCAAAUGAUUCUUUCUCCAUCCCACCAAGUACAUCAAGACAUGUCUGGGGUAGAGUGCUAACACUUGGAAGCUGCAAUGUGAACGUAAGAUUUCAACGAUAGGUUAGAUCUAAACAGUUGUCAGAACGAAGGACGUGUUCAUUGGAAAGAGUAAGAUGAUGACUGAUGUAGCUGUAGAUGCUUUUUUGUAAUCUCCAUAUACAUUUCUUGAUAGGCUAGAUUUCUUGGCAGAAUAGUAUAAUGAAGUUCCCGGCUAGCAGAGACCUCUUUUCCCUGGUAUUAGGCGAAUACCACGGGAAAAGGCCUCUGCUGGCAGGGAAAUAUGAAGUGUUAUUUUAAACUCUUUUUGAGUACGAUGUAGUUAUGGUCAUGCCACUAGCGUGCCACAAACUAGGAAGAAAUCUUGAGUCCCCGAUGGGAGGUGAACCUUAAAUUCCCCUAACAAUGGGUGGGCCUUCUUUCCACUGAGCUGUGUAGAAACUAGUGGAUAGCAAAUGCUGUUAAAUUGCAUUUACCUGGGUUUGGGGAGGUGUUAAGACCGUGUUCAGCUUUCUCAAUGCACAAAGGUUUUCUUUCUCCACCUGCAAAUAGAGGAUCCAAUUAUGAUGCAAUGUUGUUCUCCUUUAGUGUACUACAGAACUCCUUGCGGAUACUGAGGAACCUGAUGUGAAGCUGACUAUUGAAGCAGCCUCAGUGGGUAUUGAAUGGUCUCAUGAAGUGUGUAGAUUCUUGAUUAAGUGGUUUCCUGGUUGGGCAUUGAAGAAGUUCAAAUCUGCAGAAAAGUUGUCAGGGGAAAAGAAUGAUGUUGGCAAUAGUUUCGGUAUGUACACUGUACACACACAGUCUACCGUUACUUUUCUGCUCAAACUUCAUGUUCUGCUUUGUGAACACCUUUAGCAAGAGAACAUUUUCUGAGUGAUGAUAUUAGCCAAAUUGAAUCAUUGAGCUCUUAAAGAAGGCGUGGUUUCUUAAUGUUGUGCCCUUUGGCUUAGACAACGCCCCGUCAAGCUUUAAGUGAAUAAUAAAGAAGGAAAAAAAUGUGAACUAGUAUUCUGCAACACUUCUGUGAUGUGCUCGUGUUUCUGAAACAAGAAAUACAACUACAUGCAAAUACCAUCAUUUCAACUAGCGGUUACAUUAUCGCAAAGUCUGCAAUAUUUGUUAUUCUUUCCGUUCAUUCUUUUGUUUUCUUUCUGGUGUUUUUUAUUUUUUCAGCUUUGGACAUGGAUUGCAGAGUAGCUGGCGUCAACCUGUUUCAUCUCGGAACACUGGAGGGUCAGCAUUCAUUACCAUUCACUCUGUUUAUGAUGCUAACAUGUGCAGCAACAAACCGAUAACAUUUCUUAAACUAUGUUAACUUGUAUUGUACAGGAGGAGUUGAUUCCUUUAUGACAAGAGUUGACGUGGCAGUAGUUACAACAACAUCUGUCCCCGACCAGUCAUUAAAGAGUGAACUCUGUGGAAUGAAACUCUGCCGACUGCUGGAACUGCAAAAGGUAUCUACAGUAAUGUCAUUUAGGUCAUGCCCACACGAAUCCGCACAUUUUUGAAACCGCAUAUUAGGGAGCUUAAGCAACAGCGUUUUUGAGCGACGGCCGUCAACCGGAAGUGGACUUUUUGCAAUAUUGGGCAGUGGUUCUGUUGAAACUCUCGGGUGAAUCGUCGUUAUAAGAGAAAAGAAACUUAGCAAUACAAAUUUGUUAGCGUCAAGGCAUAUAAAAAGGGAGAAGGACUCACUUCCGGUUGACGUGCGUCGCUCAAAAACGUCUUUGCUUAAGUUCCCUAUUCUUUAUCCGGGACCUUAGAGGUUUAAGGUCCUGUUCACACGAAUCCAGACAUUUUUGAAACCGCAUAUUUUUUAUCCGGACUCGUGUGGACGGGACCUUAGACUCUUUUACUCUCAGAAGUAGUAUCCCACGUAGCCGUUUUGUCUCGUCACGCAGCGCUACGGCUGUGUGGAAGGCUAUCUCAGAAGCCGUUCAUUCAGAACUGAUUCAGCUUGCCUUUCAUAUAGGAGGCUUUCUGCUCUUCCAGUAUUUCAUUGUGUUCCUUUUUUUUAAUAUUAAAAUGUUGCUCAAUUUUUAAAGUUAAAUGAUUCAAGGUAGGUAGUGAAUUCUCUUAUGUCAAUCACGUAUAUUACCAAGUCAUUUAGUUCUCCGUUCUUGUAAAACUAAUAUGGCUAUUAAAGAAAAAACAACAACAACAACAACAACAACUCAAUUCUAUCCAGAGCUUGUAAUUAGCACAUUCGUCGCCGUUUAUUAACAGGAGAACUGGGAGAACUGCAAUAAUAGAAUACAUGUCCUUCCAUUAAUUGAUUCCUUGUUGUUUUAUUUUCAGGCGCCAUACAGAUGUGUCGUUUCUUCCGAACUGAAAAAUGAUGUAAUCAGUAUUCCUGUUCUCACCUUGUCCCGUCCCGCGUAUAAGGUACGCUACUUACAUGACUAGUGGUAAGCGCUUGAGGCCCGUUUGAACGGUUCUAUAUAGCAUUUGAUCCGACAUUCGUAUGGAAUCAAAUGAAGAGAUCGUACGAACAUAUUGCCCAGCAUUAAAAGAAUCGGAAUCUUGCUGGUAGUUGAAGAAAAGCAUGUAUUACUUAAAGUGACAGUUUCAGAGCCUGGUUUUUGCAACGCGCUACUAAAACUUCCUCCCCAGAAGCCCAUCUUUGCUUCAAACGUUGUUUAAUAUGCCAGUGUUCGACUUCUGGUAAACGAGACUUUGACAAUUAUUAGAACCGUUUAAAUUGUCGUUAUCGCAAAGCUGAGCUUGGUUUAUCGUUUUAGUGACAGUGAUAUUCAUUUGAGCAUGUGCUUACGUCUUCACGCUUGGCCAACCAAGUCAACACAUUAUUCUUUUUUUCCAUUACCUGGCAUUUCGGAGAAUAAGAUGCAGCGGUCAUCUUAUUGUAUCCUGGUUGUUCUAACAAAAUGAAACCAUAACCAUUUAGAAUACUUCUGCCUAUUAAUUCUAAUACAAAAAUCAUGGACUCGUGCACUCAAUGGUUAUUGUACAUCUCAGUGGCGGAUCCAAACGUUCAGAUAAGGAGGGGGGGGGAGGGAGGCGGUCAUUCAGACCCUGAGAUAAGGGGGAAGGCGGUCUCAAAAGGAUCCCUGCCCUGGAUCUGCCACUACAUCUAACCCUCUUUAUCGAACGAACGUUCGUAAGACACUAAAAUGUUUCUUUUGUGACAAAGCCAUACUCGAUGACAGUCAAAGAGAUCUUAGUCAACUGGGACCCCACUCUGCAUAUGGCUCUUCAUGAGAGAAUACAAGAAGCCACUCAAGAUGGCGCUGAUCUUCAAGGUGGGCAACAGUCUGGAUUACGAUACGAUCAUAUUUUUAAUAAUUUAAACAAUGGGGAACGUUUUUCAUGACAGAAUUCACACUCACAGACAUUCAGUAGCUGUAGUGUGUGGGAGGCAGGGGUGUCUUUUAAGUUUUAAUGUUUAUUCUCAACAAUAUUUCACGAAGUGACCAGUGAAUGGAAAAUUAAAAUAACGGAUCAAUCACCACGGUUUGUUGCUUUUAAAUGCGUUUCCAGUGUCAGUAAUGCUGCCGUUGUUCUCCCAUUAAUGCGACAACUAAUCUGCAUUUUUGCAGCUAUGAUGAAAAAGGCAUCUCAAUCAACAAGAGCAGACAACGAUUUUUCCUCCAAGGAAAAAGAAAAACCUUUGUGUUUUGCUUGCGAAAUUUCUUGGUUUAAACUUCACAUGCAAACGUCACCCAAGACGAGGUAAAUGAAUGAUAAUUUAUCUGUCAAUUCAUAACUAGAGGAAGCAUGUGUACAGUCUUUUGACUCAAGUAUUCCUAGGAUCUUUUGGGUGGAUGAGGUGAGCAAUUAUUGGUUUAAGGCUGCCAUCGGAGACCCGGCCAUUGACCAAUUAGAAGUCUCGCUUAAGCCACCCAACUGAUCCCCAGAAAUCUUUGCCCGAAAAGUUGUGCUCAUUCUUUAAGUAGUUUGUGAAGUGGUGUAUUCCUAACAGCAAAUGGCACACCUUAUGUCCUUGAAUAAACCGCCGCGUACCAGCAAGUGCUUUCCUCCAAAUGAACAGCUACUCCUUUGCCAAACUAACCAGUCUGUCCUCCUUCGAAUUAGUGCCACAUUUUCUCCCCUCAGUCUCUUUACUUGCAAGGAUAUAAAAAGAAAGCCUCCUUGUCUUCUCUUUUUUUAAUAUGUGUACACUGAUGUCAUCAUAGGAGAACAGUGCUUCCUUUGACCGAAUGGAGAUUCUUCUGUUGGAACAUUAUAUUACAAAAAAAGUUCUUCAAAACCAAAAAUUUGUUAAAAGGUUAGCAGAGGGAUCCGGAUAGGUUCCGAAAGCUCUGCUAGAUUUUCAACAAAUUGUUGGUGUUGAGGAAUAUUUUUUGUAAUAUAGUGCUUCUCAUGUUUCUCCAUGGGCUUACAGUUUCUUUAUGUGCUUUAUCUCGACAAAAUAAGUUUGGGUUCGUUAAAGGAAAAGACUCUAUGAGCGCCACUCGCCACUCCCUUCGAUGAAUCGUCUCUCUGUGUCGAAGGACCUCCUCGUUUGGUCAAAGUAAUAAAUAAGACCGUGGGUGCCCUUGCACAUUGAUCCAGAAAGUGUGGCAUAGUGGAGAAUAAAGUAAAAGCUAAAUCGAAAUCAUUGUAUUUAGAAACAUUCAGGAAGCUUUUAAAUUUCUAGCCGAUUUGUAAUUUAUCUUCUAGUUUUGGAGUAGAGUGCAAAACCUGCAUCCUGUCUUUGCAAGACAACUGUUUUGAUGCAAAAUCAGAAUACACUGGUCUUCUUUUUGACAAGAGAUCAAUAUUCAAAUUUGAGGUGGGUUUAUUUUUAAGAUUCAUACGUAUUCCGAAUCAACCACCAGCUUCUUGGCCACAAAAUGAUUGUGCAGAUCUUUAUUGAUAUCGGGGAUGAAGACGACGCAAUUAUGGAAAGAUAAUGGUUUGUGUUCGUGAUAUCUUAUUAAAAGGAAAUUCAAUCUCCUGAAAGGCAAUUUGAACGUUUCAUCGUAUGUGGAAGAUCUUAGUUUUCUCACCAUCUUACAUUAAUGAAGCCACGUGGCAUGGUUAAAAACAUUUUAUGUGUUUGGUUGCAUUGCGUGCAUCGCGUACUUCGUCUCGAGCUAUGAAUCCUAGAAGUACCGUAGUAUCUUGAACAAUGUAAAGAAAACAUAUCAACGGUGAACACGACCAAUGUUAGCCAACAUUUCAACCUUUUCACCCUUUUUUCAUCCCUUUCAAUCCUAGAAUGUUUAGUUUAUGUAAUAUGGUCUUCUUUUUGUGCUGUGUCACUGUAUUAUUUUUUCGUCAAAAGGCAAUUUCCCUGAAGAGACUGCGAGAGGUUGAAGAAGUUCUUAAAGUGAGACGACAGUUCAAAACGCUGGAAACGCCGAGCAAUACUACAUGGUUAGUAAUAGAGGAAAAGGCAUUUGUCAGCUCACUGUAGGGUACGCCUUUAAUGGCGUUACAUGAAGGGUUAUUGACCAACUGUGAGGGCAAGAUGGUUGGUUAUCGGGGAAGUUCUCGAGGGUGAAAGAUAGGCCUAUGUUGUCUGCUCAAGGCGGCGUCGCAGAUGUAACUAAACCCUCGCCAGUAACGCCUGCGAAGCAGCGCUGAGAUCCUUGUUCUGGGCCUCCUACGGACUGGGUAGUGGCAGAUCCAGGGGAUGGACCCGGGGCCCCCCUUAUUUUUGGACCAAACAAAAAUUUGGGGGGGAAACCGGCCCCCACACCCCCCUGCCCCCUCCCUUAUCUCAAAGUCUGGAUCCGGCACUGCAGGCCAUUCAUGGUGCAUACCCAAAUCCCAGUAUACAGAUGGAGGCUGAGAGCAUGGAUUGCGGCGCUGUUUCACAGACAGACUUAACAAGAGUUACGUUUCGUCUGUGGCGGAGGCCAGUCCGCUCGGGUAGCCAAUCAAAAAACAAGAUUUGCUUCAUCUCGCCCGCUCACGGAGCCAGCUAUGUAAUAAGUCAAGUUAAGUCAAGUUUAGGUACGCUUCUGACCGUCCUUGUUUACAGUGACUUCCGAAUGGUGAAGCUGGAAUAUACUUGUUAUGUUUUGGAAAGGUCAAAUGAGCUUUUUUCUGACAAGAAAUAUAACUUUUAAACAGGGUUGUUGAAGUGGAAACAACUGGAAUCUUUUUCCCCUUCGAGUUCAACUUUGCCGCCUCAAGAGAUGAGGUAAGUCUAAUUAUAUAAUCGUUCUUGUUCGUCAGUAAAGAAACGUUUCAAAAUUGCUAGAAGUAAAAAGCAAAAUCAGCAGCAAACUAAACAGCCAAAAAAAAUCAACUUUCGUUUCGUAAAAUCCGAAGAAAUAAAUAGUACCAAGCGGCGUUAUGUCUGGUAACGUCAUGGGAUUUCAUCCACAGAUACAAGCGUUUGAGUGACAAAUAAUCUUGCCGCAACGUGUUCUAGGAGUGUAACGUAUAGGGAUUGUUUGACAUGCGGUAUGUACGUAAGAAAUGGUGUCCGUAAAAUAUAAGUGUCCGUUAGGUAAGGCUCGACGUUGAAACUUAAAAAAAGUAUUGGCCAUUUUGAGGUUGCUUUUGAGACUGGGUCAAUAUUGUGUUGUAGUGAACUUUUUGGGACACAUUUGUGCCCAAAGGUGCUUACCAUUUACAAAAACCACCCGGGUGGAAAUCUGCACAUAAACAUAAAACUGUGAAAUUUGACGUGGUGGGAGAAUCACACGCUACAAAGUACAUUUAAAUCAGCUGAACAGGCUGAAAGUAGUCUGAGGAAAAAUUGCAUCACCUCAAAUCACAGCCCAUAUUUUCUGAGGCUUCCCAAGUGGAAUGGCUCGAACCAUUUGAUUUUCCAACCGGGAUUUCCGGGUUUUCCCAGGUACCUGGUGAGUUUCCUGCGGAACCUCGUAAUAGCCGUAAAAGAAGCGACAGCGUCCCCAAAACAGUCUCACUGUACAACUGCACACAACACCUUCCCUGUCUCCGCGCAACCUCUCAAGUGUCUAAUAAACGUGUCCUUCAUAAAAAAUGUCUUGCUUUCCUUUCAGCUGGUCAAUGUUUUCAAGAUGUUACAAUCACUUCAUAAAAAACCCAAGGAUGCGUCAUAUUCAGAGCCGCUCCCUACGGACUUGUGGCUUCGUUUUCAAGUGCGUUGAAUCAAUAGCGUGUAAUUAAAGAAUUUCAUAACCUUUAAGGUCGUAACACACUAGGCGACAUGUCGCUGCAACAGGUCGCGGCGACAAAAUCGCUCUGUGUACAGGUCGCGCGAUAAGUUGCUGCAACAAUUCGCGCGUUCUAGAGAAGUUUUGUGGAAAUCUUUGUCUCAGCAACAGAGUUUGGUCGCCGCAAGGAGUCGUACAAAUUCAGUCUGAUUUGAUUUUGUGCGAUUUGUUGUGGCGACAAAAUUCUGUUUCGGAGACAGAGACUUUCACAAAAAAAUUCUCCCGUACACACAAAGUGACUUGUAGCUGUGACUCGUCGCCGCAACGUGUUGCUUCAACUUCUCGCCUGGUGUGUUCCGCCCUAAAGACCUUUGCCGCAUUCCAUUCUAGUGAGCACACACAGUGAAAUGAGGUUGAGGCUUGAGCAGACAGUUUCAUACAAAUCAGUGAAUUUUGUCAACCCCCCAAGCCUCAUACCUUUGUUCACAGGAAUGAGGGAUGGGUCUAUUAAGUAUUCUUCUGCAAAUGAAUAUAAGUUCCCCAACUCGUUACCUCUAUUCGGCUUCUUUACCAUUUUCUUCUCUCCUGAAAUACGAAGACCACGUCACAUAGUUGAUGGACUUUGUUAAACUUGCUAGGAAUUUUAAAUUUCGUCUAAGGUCUAGUUUCAUGUAGGAAGGUUAAAGGUUAUAGCUCAGUUUUCCUUGUAGCGUAUUAUAUGUUAUAAUUCUCCCUGAGAAAGGGCGAGAACAAAGAACAAAAUCCAUUAGCAUUGACCUCGGGACUCGAACCUACGCCACACCUUUUAGGGAAGCAAUGUUAGUGCAGUUUAAGAGCACUUGCCUCCCUCCAAUGUGGCCUGGGUUUGAUUGCCGCGGUCGACGCCAUAUGUUGGUUGAGUUUGUUGUUGGUUUCUCCCUUGCUCUGGGAGGUUUUUUUCUUGGUCAUAGUUAGGGACUCUAAGAGGGGCACAGGAUUAUUAGGUUCCUUAAGAAAAGACGUUUUUGAGCGAUGCACGUCAACUGGAAGUGGACUUUUUUUCCUUCUUGGGCAGUAGUUUCGCCCAAAUUUUCCGGCAAAUCGUCUCUAUACGAGUAGAGACACCUAGCAAUACAAACUUGGACUAAUUCUGUAGCGUCAAGGCAUAUAGAAAGGCAAAAGGACCCUCUUCCGGUUGACUAGCCUGCGUUGCAGCCGGCCCACGCACUCGUCUAGACCAUGAAUAUAGUACAGAAGGUUUAGAGGGUCUGCGACUCAGGCAACCGGUUGACGUGCGUUGCUCAAAAAUGCCUUUGCUUGAGCUCAUGAUUAUUUCUUGGAACUGUCAAAUGUCACCCUCUCUAAAUAACGCUGGUUUGGUUUUUAAUUAUUUGUUAUAUGAAAUUAACCGCGUUUGCAAGAGUGUUUGAUUUUGAGGCGUCCUCGACGCGGUAAUUGUAACAACACUUUGAUGCGGUGAAAUGUUAUUCUUUGUAAAUUACUUGUGAUUUAUUCUUUUGUACCAACAGAAUCUGUCUUUCGAGAUAGAAGACGAUCCGUUUGAAGUGAAGCUAAGGGACAAUUACGCGGUAUGAUUAUACUUAACUGGUGCUAUUGUUUAAGAAUCAGUAACUUGCCUUCUUAAUUGUUACCAAAAAUAUUAGUAAUUUGUUGUUUUAAGGUAUUUCUUGGUUGACAAAAGAAAGGUGAGCUUUACGUCUGUGUGGCCCGGACAAUUAGCGCGACAUCGGAAACGUGUUGAGGUCACCGCACAGCGACAUGUGCAGUUGUUCUUACAGAAAAAAAAAAAGACGUCGCCGGCAUGACUAAAACAAGGGGUGUUUUGGGGAUGGAAGAUGAACACUGUCAAGGCUGUCGGACUCAACGAAGGCGUUUGUUGAGUGCUGGCCACGUCAUGUGCAAUUUCGAUAGAGGUAGAUUGAUGGUGCCACUUUGAAGCUGCAUACGAUAGUGCGCGCGAUUUUAAUUGCUGUGCUGCUUAUGACCGUAAGGACCCGGUUCGUUUGCUUUUGCGUUUAUCUUGCAGGCAACAAUCAAUUCAAAAGUAUUCCGUUGUGUUUUUCAGCUUUUACUAGACGAGAUGGAACAGUGGGAGGAACGACAGCAGUUACUGGAGGCUAAAUUAGAUGAAAUUAGAAAGAAGCCAGGAAACUCCCUCACAGGUGGGUCUCUCCAGCACCCACCCAGCCCUCCCUUAACGCAACAUUUGCACUAAGUAACAAGUAAGUGCGAACGUUGGGUUUCAAUGGGGAGGGAUAGUUAGGGAGUUUUUAUUAAGACUUUUGUAUUGGUUUCAGAAUAGUCGUCGGGUUAGAAGGACAGUAACAAAACUAUACUCCUCCAUUUUGAAGAAGUGUUUUCAGGAUUUUCCGACGCCUCUUUCAACGCCUCUUUAAUUUAUGUUCCCUGUGUGUUUUGCGUUUUUCAGUGAAAAAGGAGGAGGCACUGAAACGAUCUUUAGAGGAGAAAAAUUCCCAAAUAUACAUUGAACGUUCCAAGGUAAUCCAUAGAAGUUUUCUCGGUGGUUUUAUGGUUAGCACCUUUUACGUUGUAGUUAGACUUAAACAGGCGAGAUAAUCUUGUAAUCUUGUGUAGUGAUGUUACUUAUCUGUACCUCUCACAGUUAAGUUGUGAAUAUACGAUAGUUGGAGAUGUGAUUAAAAAAAAAACUUCAAAACUGUUGCAGCUCUUUAGAAACGAGUAUUUCCUCAAUGUUCGUUACGGGAAUAAAGACGUACAAACAGUGGCGGAUCUAAGAUUCGGUGAGAGGGAGCCGGGAGACUUGCCAACUGUACUAUAGUACUACUAUUUGUACUAUUUACAAAAAACAGAAUCAAAAUUAAAUGUGCCAACACUGAUGCAUCUUGAAUCUUUUAGGCCAUCUUGUCAGUUUAAUUAACUGGAGGUGCGCUUUGCGUCACUGUCAAGACUGUCGCUAUCAUUAUCGGUAUUAUCAGAAUUCAAUAAGUCAAUAGAUGACACAAUCACUUGUCGUUCAUGGCUACAUUGUUGUAGGCAAUGUCAAGCUUACAUUAACGUGGUUGGUUUUGUUCUGUCCCUCUUUACUUCCAAACCUUCAAUUGGCGACAAAAUAAGUUGAAACAAUUCGCCCUAAAGGGCCUCUCUGACGUUUUGCCAACUUAAAAGGGGGGAAUAAAGCUUUCCCUCCCCCAUCGUCUCCAUGCAAUGUUGUGCUACUGCCCAAACUACCUGAAGAAAACAACAAGCAAACAUGCCAACUUUGAAUGGGGGGCGGGGAGGGCUGUGGAUUGUUUUGUUCUCAGAAGUUACCCCAUUAUUUAAGGAAAAUGUCUCAAUAAGUUUGUCACGGGUAGUAGUCACUUAAGUAGUCGGCCGUCUUAACCUGGAUUACUUUAAUUACUGACCUAAAAAAGUACAAAUUGUUCUUUUAUGAUGUUCUUUUUGUCUUUUUGAAAUCUUCAUAUCAUGUAACAGGCAAUGUAUAACGAGACUCCUAUGAGAACUUCGCUGUUGACUUGGGAAUUCCAAGACCUGGAUCUUUUUGUGCUGGCCGAUGAUUCUUAUCAUGGACAAAAAGCAGUCGAUGUUAUGAAACGACUCGACAGUGAUAGGUACUCGUUGUUCUUACAUUAAAAGUAUCAUAACUCAGACUAACUAGAAAAAUAAAUUCUAAUCUCAAGAGGUCCUAGAUUUUUUGGUAUCGUAGCUUUCGACGGUAUCGCACAGUCUUCAUCAACAGUCGAAAGCUACAAUACUGAAAAAUCUGAGACCUUUUGACGUUAGAAUUUAUUUUUCAAAUUUCAGUUCCAAGGUCAAGAAUGAGCAUUCAUGGAAUCAGACCAAUUAGUUUCCUAUAUUUUGUCCGAAUCACUCGAACUUCAUCAGCAAUUACAUUCAACUGAUAGCUAGGACAGGCAGCGUGGCCGAGUAGUCUUCGCGUCGGUCUCGCAAUCCGGCGGUCCCGGGUUCGAGUCCCGCUCUGGCCACUGGCUGGAUUUGUUCUCGGUAGUCCCGAGUUCAAAUCCUCGGCCACGCUUGUAAAAUAACCAACUGGUUGCCUCCAGCCAGUUGGGGUCUUAAAUCGUGUUAUGUUGUAUUUGAAUUAUUUGUUUGUAAAUAUUUGAGUGGAGUGCCUGUAAGCUAGCUGGAUAAGCUAAGCGCUCUUUCCACCAUAAACAAGCCUUUAAUUAAUUAAACCUUUUUAAGGACCUCGUGACCUGUUGGUCACGUAGUCUCAAGAGGUCGUUAAGGUUUUCCCUGUUUAAUGACUUUAAGCAAUGCUGUGCGGAUCGAUGCUGAGAGCAGGAGAGUUCAUAAAGUUUCAAAACUCGUAAAGCCCGAACAGUGACCAGCAUAAAUGUCUUCUUAGAACAGCACUACCGAAUGAAACAUGGAACUGAGGAGAUGAUCACCAAUGGAAAAAGGCCUUGAGUUUUAAGCAAAAAAUUCUCCUUACGAGUAGAGAGGACUGUGUGGAGAAAAUGAGUAUCGAUACAUGUAUUGUGAUCGAGCUGGGUGGUUUAAGACUAUAGGCUAAUUACUGAACUACCUGUAAAACUUUUCCGUAAUAUGUUCGUUCUUCCAAUGAUCUUUAGGUUUGGAUGAUUUACACUAAGAAAUUUGGUGCAAAAAGCGACGACUUGAAAUCAACGUUCGUCAGUUUUUCAUCACCGUGCUUUUACUGCCCAUAAUAUUUUAAACUUUAUUGGCACAGUUGUUCUAUUUCUUCUAAGUUAUUGUAUUCUGUUAUAUCAUUAGCCCAUACCCUCAUUCAGGACUCGAAUUUACAACGCUUUGGUGUCGUACAGUUCAAGGAAAACUGUACUCACAUGAGGUUUGCUACUGACUUAUUUGAUUGUGAUAUGCUAAGGUGUGUGCUAACAUUCCAUGGUUUCGUGCGCUGUAAUGGAUUUCUUUCUAUUUGUGUUGGCUGUAAUUUAAUGAAAUGCUUUUCCUUGUUCUACUGUAGUGCCGUUUUAGAGAUUUUCCUCAGGCAGUAUUUACCUCAGAGUCUGUUGAAAUGAAGGGAACCCUACUUGGUGCCGAGCAAAAACCUGCCAACAGAAGUAUGUUUGCUGUCUUGUAAAAAUUAGUGAACACUGUUUUUUAUGUAUAACUGACAAGUAUCUUAUUUUUUCCUUCGUAAUUACACAGUAGCAUGCAUUAGAACUCAUUAACAUAAUUUAGCAUACAUAAUUAUCCUUAAGUUCCAGAGGGUCUCGCAAGUUUUUUUAAGUAUGCUGGGAAGUGGAAAAAAGACAGCAGAAAUUUCUGCCAUUAGAGUUGCGUUUUUUAUCUGUGAGUUACAUUCCUAGCCUCUCUGACAUCACCUAUUCUCAGCAAAAAGUGUUGAAUAGAAUAUCAUUCAAGUUUGUAGAGUAAAACUGACCUCUUUAGGGAGAUCCAAAAGUACCAGGGGUUUCUUGAUAUCACUGGACUAACUUCGCUAUGUUGCAUUUGCCCUGAACACUUCCAUAAGAAAUGGAAUUUCCCCGUGAACGAUGUCUUAUGAAAGGAUUUUUUACCUGAAAGUCCACGAAAUCUAUGUUCGCCCCUGAAAAAUUCCCUUAAAAGUUAAUGUUUUCCCCUUACGAAUUCCCUGUUUUUUCUUUUCUCCUGAAGAAUUAUGCUUUCCCCUAAGGAAUUCCACCUGUCUGUAACCCGGGGGUGCACAUAUUAAAUACAACAGACAGCCCAAUCCAAAUCCAAACAGAGUACUGAAGGUCCCUCGUACCCCGCGCGUUUCCUUGUCUCUCGCGCUGAUCGUUCAUCUCGCGCUUUAUACAGUGCAUUUCUUACGCGCCAGCCACGUAGGCUAGUUGUAUCUUGGAUGGUUUACUGUGGCUGUAUGUGUAAUCAACAGGUAAGCGAGAAGCGGUAGUGCAAGUUGGCAAGCCCUGGAGCAAUGUGACUAUUUCAAGGAAUUUAAGUUCACUUAAGUACUUUUACGACCUAAAAUUUGGUAAGUAAUCGGUUUUAAAUUGCUUAACAAGCAUUGUAGAUUUGUUCAUUUUUACAGCAAUCCUUCAAGUCUAGAUUGCUAUUGCUUUGCCCCCAAUGGUCGGUGGUACAACUCAGUCGUGUCUGUAUCAGAAUUAAGUUUUGUUUUUACUGUUGAAUAUUUGAACUUUAGAUAUGGACGCUAUGGAGAUAGCCUGGGGUGUCGACAUUGAACCUGUCAUAGGAAUGGUUUCUGCUGCAUUUGGUAAGUAUCGUUGUUCUUUUUCUAUAGUUUCCUGGCCUGUUGACAUGUUUUAUGACCUGAGAUCAGAGUCUAUUUUUGUUUCGCUUGGUAAAUAAAAUUCUGGCGGGCAAGGCGAGAAGCCUGGAAAGCCCAAUAAUUUUAGCGCAGCCAGUUAUAGAGAAUGUGUGAAAGCUGCUUCAAUUGGGUCUGAUCUAAGGUUAUAUGCCUUAUUCAAUUAUUCUGGUUAAAAAUAAAUCAUAGAUUGUGAUCAUUUCAGAGAAAUUGAGCUCUCCAAGUCGAGAUCCAAGCAAGAAUCUGCCCUUUUUUGAUAAGGUAUCUUUACGAUUUUUCUGACCACAUCGUUUUCCUUAUAGCUUUAGUGUCUUAAGUAUGUUAUGUUUUUGUUUAUUUAUCUAUUUGUUAUUACUAUGGAUGUCAUGUAGAACCUGUAAGUAUGUAGCAAGUCCGCAUAGAGGAGUUAAGGCAAUUUUAAAUGAUUGAUGUUACCCCUACAAGAAUUGUUAGUUGUUCGUGUCGCUAACAUGCGUGGAAGGCUACUCAUUCCCAAUAUAAAUGGCGAUUCGCCCCUUUUGCUGUAGGUAUUUGUGGCUUCACCACACGUGCCUGAGUCUCGAGACAUGAACCUGUAACUAGCCUGAAACUUAUCACUAUAACUGUCAACAACUAGCCAAAAGGCUGUAACUUAGCACUAGCUAAAAUAUUGUGAGAAAAUAUACUGAAUAUGAAUUGAAUAUGAGAGAUCUUUAGAUUCGAGGAGGAGGACGAGAUUUUAUACUGAUUCCACACCGAAAAGCUUCACUGUAUUUUUAUUCACCAGAAAAGUUAGCACUGUUACCUUUAUUGAAGGUGGUUAAGCCCUCUACCGAUAGCAGGAUGAUAAAACUUCUAACAUUUGAUAACCUGUUUCCGCCACUACGACAUUCUCGCUAAAACUCCUAGUAGAAUGACGACUGCUGUUAUGUUUUCCCCGCCAAAAUGACGCUGGUUCACGGGUAAGCACUACGUCUGAGAAGAUCUUUUUCUCGUAGUCGUCCUCGUCUUAGAAUCUAAAGGUGUCUGUUAUCUGGAAAUAGUAUGGAAUGUGUGCCUUUGCGUUUAGGUGCGUCUUCUCUAUCAUGGUCGCCUUCAAAUGGCCAUUAAUGAGUGGUACUGGUACUUCAGUGCAUCAAGGAAUCCCUAUGAUGUAACUGAGAGAAUGCAAUGGGAGUGGAGACAAGCCAGCUUUGAUUGGACAAAUGGUAUGGCAUGAUGGGUUCAUGAACAGGUUACGCGCAUGCUAGAGGCGAGACUGCGAGCAGUCUCUUUUUUUUUCUUGUGAGUCGCAGUAGACCUAGAGCAGGCGUGAGAGGAGUGCGAGGAGGGCGCAUAAUUUCACUUUUUCGCUCGCUGCGCGUGGCUGUGAGAAAAGAAGGACCUUCUAUGUGCAUUCACGCUUGAGUAGGAUUUGAACUGACGAUUGUGUGAUAGGCCCUUCGUAGCUUGUAAUCACGUGUCCUACUUAAUGCCAAAACUUAAGGGUACGACUUAAAUGGUACAGGAGAAAGAGCGCGAGAAAUUAGGUAGAAAUCAAAUUUUGAGAUGAUUGUUACAAAAGACUAAGAUGUUCUGGGUAUUAGAAUAUCAGUCUGCAAAAUUAGCAAGGUUUUGUAGGGAAAAAAAUUGCCGGAGCACAAGGCGAAGUUUUUCCUAGAUACACGUAGUAUUUUCUGCGUUACUCAAACCACCAUAAGAUCGCACUGUUUCGAGUUUUAAAAAUCUUAAAAAUUGGCUGACCCGCUAUUUGGUUUAUGCUCUUUCGACCCGUAAUCUGGUAUUUUAAUGGUUGUUUCCCAUAAUUUUAGUAAAAGACAGAUCACAUGACCCCUAACUGCAAAGGGCCUAUUGCUCUGCAAACCUUACUUAAAGUCUUUCUUGACACAUGUAUGUUGUUUUUGUUUCUUUUUUUUACAUCUGAUUGAAUUGUGACUUUGGAUAAUUGUUCUCCUUCCACCAAAACUAAACAAAUCCUUUUAAGGGGUGUUUACAUACUGUAAUGCUGUGAUGCGUUUUGCACCUGAAACACUUUCAUACUUGUAUAAAAGUUAUAUCCCGUUUCCAUCAAGGUCUUUGAUGGGAGACUUCAUUUUUAACGGCAAGCUGUGUAAAUAUUCAUUUUAAACAUGGAGUCCAUAACUAUAGCCUUCGUUGCAGGCGUAUUUAGGAUCGUCACGGAGGAGUAUUGCGUGACAGCCCUAAUAAUAAUAAUAAUAAUAAUAAUAAUUAGAAAUUUAUAACGCGCCUUUUCCAUGCAAAUAUGAUCAAAAGCGCAUGACAAAUAACGGAAUAAUAACAGAUUGGACUAACGGAACCAUAACACUACUACUAUGUUGACUGUUUUAGACGCGUGAUUGUCUGUUCCAGUCUUUCUGGAGACCAAUUCUGUAUCGAAUCGAGUAUAGUAGUAGACCAAUUACAUAGUAACCAGUGCUCGGUUGUUCAAAGAACGAUCAGCGCAAAUCCAGGGUAAAUUAUCGUAACGACUUGUGUCCUGUUUACAGUUAACCCAGAAUUAACGCUAACCAUGGUUAGUAGAGGAGACUGGUUAUGAAAGCCAACAAAUCAAACCCAGUGGAACUCGUUUCCUUACAAAACUCGUACCGUAUCAUCUUGAUGUAAACAGUCCAAUCUGAUAUAACAUAAUAUGCGUCGGUUUUUUAAUGGUCUUUUUCCUCGUUUAGGUCGGAUUGUUAUUGAAGGAGACUUCGACUUGCAUACAAGGGCAGCAUCAAAGUAUGACGAUCGGCGGGUAAUACAUUUGCCAGCCUUCAAAAUCUGGUGAGUUCAUGGAAGAGCUCCGGUCUUCUGAGCGUGAGGCCGUUAGUUCAAACGCCGGCCGGACCAACACCCAAGGUCUUAUACUACAACCAGUUGCAAAAACAUUUGAGACACUCUACCUUAUUUUGGUCUAACUGCCUGCCCAUGAUCUUGUGCUUGUGAUCCCCUCCUCCCCUUAUCAAAGUUGCCAGAAAUACAAGACCAUGCUCAAAACUUAGUGGAACAACUUUGAAUGGAGGGGAGGGGGAGGAGAUUAUUGUAUCUCACAGAGGUGUGACUAGCAGCGAUUUGAAGUAGGAAAGGCGGGAUUUUCGUCGGAAUGUCUCAACAUUUUUGCAGCUGGUUGUGGUAGUGACUAAAGGUGAUGUUACACGAGACGAUUCGCAAGGGCGAUUUUUAGCGCACAUUGCUGCGACAUUGUUUCGAAUGGUUACAACAUUGUUCCAACAUUGCUACGCUGUGUUGCGCUAAAAAUCGUCGUUGCGAAUCGUCCCGUAAAACCCCGUUCUCAGUUCAGAUGAUCGCGUCAUUGGACGGUGACGUUAAGCCGUUGGCCUUGUCUCCUUCAUCCUUACACUUCAGUUGGAAGGGGACGUGAAACAACCCGUUGACCUUGUUCAAAACGAGUAGAUGACGUAGGCCGCGGUGUCUUGUUCUAUCUGACAUAUGCUUUCAUUGGUCUGGGUGGGCGAGGUGAGAUCAGCAUGGACUGAAGCAGCUGCAUAGUGCACCUUUACAUGCUGACGUCCGAUCUCACCUCUCUUGUUCCUCAGCAAUUCAGCCAUUGGUUGCAAGUGAGGAAAGUUGGCACCCCCUGUCAUCACAGGCAUUUUAAGGAUCUGAAUGCGAGAUACUGUAGAUGACGGCCUGUGACUGAACAGUAAAGACAGAAAGUAAAAAAUAAUAAUAAUAAAAAAAUACAGUUGAACCUCUCCACAACGGCCACCUUGGGGACAGAAGAAACUGGCCAUUGUAGAGAGGUUGAAACAAGGGUGAAUGUAUGGACUGUCCGCCAGAAAAUGUGGCCGUUAGGGGAGGUUUGACUAUACUUCAUUUCUUCUUUUUGGUUCUUUGGAGAAAAUUACAGGAAUUUUAUCCGAUAUUUUUUGUGUUCAAGAAACUGAGAACCCAAAACACUUCACUUCGACUAGCUUUAAUAUCCAGCUGACUGUAUUCAUAUCUGAUUGAAGUUUUGUGUGUUCGUAGUACUAACAUGAAGUGGAUUUGUCAAGGAGAUCCAAAUGAUCAUCACUCUGUGAUCCAAUGUGCCCCAGAUAAAAUACCAGAACUGGCGCCAAACCAGGUGAGAACGGAAUCAUGAUCAUCUGUGGAAAGAUGAACACCGAGCCGUGCAAUUAAUUUAUGUUUUGAUCUUGCCGAAGUGACUUUUUAGAUUUUAAAACUGAGCUGUUUAUGAGGACCAUUCUUGGGAUUUAGAAGAGGUAGAAACCUGGGGGAGAACAUUUUUGGAAGGACUCGAUCCGAUGAUUAUAGUGGUGGUGGUGGUGGUGGUGGUGAUGGUGAUGGAUGAUGAUGAUGAUGAUGAUGAUGAUUUGGUGAUGAUAUUUUUGAUGAUGAUGGCGAUGCUGAUAAUGAUUAUGCUGUUGUUAAUGAUGACAACGAUGAUGAUGAUGAUAGCUUUUUAACACGAAUUCAAGUCUCUUAGAACGAAUUUUGCCAUAAUUUUGUGAGAUCUGUGUAUUCAAAUUUUCGUUUGUUGCCGUCAAUUCUUUAAUUAUUUUAACUUGCUUCUUAGGUGCAUGACUCGUACGCCAAAUUCAGAUCCCAGAAUCUAAUUGUGGAUAUUUUAAUGGAGACAGGGAUGAGCAAACGAAAGGUUCGUCAAAGUAGCUUGGUAGGACAUCUGUUUUCCCCCAUAGAACGUUACUGUUUUGUGAAAUAAAUAAGUCAGUUACAUGCAUGCAGAUACUGGAUUUUGAGACAUCAAUACUUAUAGUUACAAGACACCGUGCAAAUCACGGGAAGAGACGACGACCAGAACACCUGUGUUUGUAACGGGAUAUUCUGCGAUCUUGUAUAUAUUUCGUUUAAUUAUUGUUUUUCCAUCUUCUCAGAGAUAAUUACCUAAGGAUGUAAAAUUUUUACGGUCUAAUGCCCCCGAAGAAGCCCAUAAAGUUUCCAAUGAGAUCGUCUACAACCUAACUAAUACACGCCAACUAACUGUCAUAGUGAGAACCCGCCAAAUUUCAUUUCCGGGACACAUACCCCGUCUGUCAGAUGGUGAGCUGGUGAAAGAUUAUGCGCCCUGUAUUUCACCUGGUGUCAAGAAGAAACAAGGGAGACCACAUAGGCUGUAGAUCUACAGUACGUUCAGUGCCUUUUGAGAGAUAUUGAAGGGAUGGUGCAGCCAAACUAAGUUCCUUCGCUUGCCGAAGAUCGCAGAAACGUGUGGAAAAUUGGUUCACAUGCUCUGCCAGCCGACCAUUGAUACUGUUUUGGACGGCGGAAACGACGCAAAUUUGCUUAGUUGAGUUUUGGCCUAUAUUAACCACGAGACUUACCGGGCAACAAAAAAUAAUGUAAUUUUAACCAGUGGUAACUUGUUCAUCUCUUUAUAGGACCUGUCCCUCAGUGAUCCACCUACAGUGUUCAUGUUUGCGAGCACGUUUAGAUGGUUUCAGAAAUAUCAGGUAACGUGUUUCAUAAAUCAGCCAAAUCUAUUUGAUUCAGGUGUAUUCAUACCAUAGACUCUAACUUGAUUAUUUCAUAUUUUUGCCUCAAGGCUGUGGUCUUCACAUAUGUGUCAAGGCCUAUCAGAAGAGGAACUUUUUUCAAGCGUAACCGAGUGAAGAAGAGAUCUCUGGGAAGACACUACAGGUGUGUUAAUUUCAGACAUCUAGUUAAGCGUAUGGGUAAUUAGCGGAAAGCUUUUGACUCAUUUUCUUUGCCUCACAUAAUAAUACCACAACCAACUAUGAUUUUUUCUCGCGCAAGCUCUUUAUAAACUCACCAGCAAUCGUUACGAUUAGAGAGGUUGUUACAGUCGACUCUUACGGAAAACAUCGUUAAACGGACAUCUUGAGUUGGUCCUUGCCUAGCCUGUUCACAGACCCUCUAUUUUCGCUUUAGAGUUCGCUGAGCGCGCUCAGGGAAAUAAAAACCGCGGGUGAUUUAUUGACCGCAAGCGCAAUGGGGGUGAAAAAAAAACUUCGGUGGAAAGGGUAGUCCCUGUAACCAUGACACGAACAACACUCAGAGCGCUUAACAUUUGUCAGCACUGGCUGGCCAGACCAGUCCAGUUGUAAGGAGAAUUCGUCUAUUAACUAGAAAUACCGUGAAUCGCAGAACCUUUCGCAGCACUUGGGGCUAACGGCAAGAAGUAGGAAUACAAUAUGUAAACAAACAAAACAAAAUUACAAUAACAAACUGGACUUGCCGAAAGGCGAGUUUGCUGGGCUGCCAUAAAGGGUAGAAUAGACUAUCCAGCCAGAUCGGUCUACUUCCUGAAUAGUAUCCACAGCAGUGAGGGGUUUUAGUAAAAAUUUCGAGAAAAGACUCGUAUUCUGGCCGGCCAGUUCUGACUUUUGGAAAGCGCCUUUUUUUGCGGGUCCAAAAGGUGUCCUUCUUAUAGAGAGUUGACUGUAGUUGAAUUUGAUAGUUGUGUAGUUAUGUUAACCUCGGCAGGCCUGUCGUCCAAGUCGAAUUUUAUUAAGAGAGCCGUCUCUAUUUCGAGUCGUGAGAGAAGAGUCCGCUCACCCUUAACUUCUCGCGUUAUCUCCCAAAUGGAGAGAUUGCUCGCAAGCGGAACUGAAGACAAGUACAUGUACCUGAUGCUUAAGGUAGGUAAACGCGUUUGUGCAACCCCUAAUGAAUUUUGCGCUCACUCUAGGCAUGUGAGCCUUUCACUUCAGUUUCCUGAACUGACCGUGUGGUACUGGGGCUCGUUCACGCAACAGAGAGGAUUUGAGCUGUCACUGGGAGGUGGUCUCUUGGAAACGACAUACCGUUUGACACUUAAACAGUACAGUGAUGGACUGCUGCGAAGACCGGCGGCGGACUGGAGCGCGACAAAGCUGCGCAGUGAAGUGUCUAAUGUGACGUGUCAUUUGUAUGGCUUGGAGGAAGUGGAUGGAAAGGAGGAGAGUGGUGACGAGUAUGCUGAGGUAGAGACACUUUCUGUUGCGUUCAUGAAGGAAUAGAUACAUUCUUUAUUGUUACCUCCCCAAAAAUGGAAUGGUACCCUUGGAGCUGAGUCGGAUAGUUUGGCUGUUAAACAAUAAUAACUUAUUUGCCGAGAACUGAAGCUCAACCCCAAACACACUUCAUGAAAGGUAGUCCACACUACCGGGGCAGAGUAAAAACAAAAAGUAUAUUUAUAAGUGAGCUUUCCGCGCCUUUAAAGUUCACUUGAUCUCUGUGGUAUUCCUGCUAUUUAAUGUUCAGUAGUUUAUAGGUUCUUUAACGCUCCCAUCGAAUUGAUAAGGAAGGAGGCGAUGCCAACGCCCAAACGACCUUGCACAACAAACCGUUUGAACGCUAGAAACGCCUAUCAAAAGUCAGAAGUGGCUGGACGGAUCGAUCAUUUUGAAGCUGAGAUAGGCUCUUCUUCGAGAGUUUUGCUAAAAAUCCAUCGCCGCAGUACGUACUUUUAAGAGAGGUGGAAUUCUUUUCCCGGGUGAGCUAGUCUGGUCGGCCAGUUCUGACUAAUCUCCAUACGUGACUGGUGGGUAUAAACGCGCGCGAGAGGGGAGGAAAGGAGAGGUGGCGCCACUCGCGACUCGUAAAAAAAAUUAACUGGCGUCUGCUACGCGAACGCAGGCUAUGGGAAUGAAAGAUUUUCGAGCAGUUGCCCAGCUGUUGUUUGCUGUGUCUCUAUAAAACCUUAUAUGUUUAAAGUAAUGGGUUUAUUUUUUGUAAAUGGCGUCUACCUUCCCUUAUCUGUUCCUUCGUGAUUGCGUCUCAUUUCUUUUUACUGUUUUUGUUGUCAUGUCUUUUUGAUUUAGGUGAGUUCGAUUGACUUGGAGCCUACGAAGUACUACCUUCUAGCAGCAGCAAGGUAAGUUUUACAACGCUCUGUGUGAACUGAGCAGCGCCGUUUAACAACACAUCAGUUUUGACAUACUUUGCCCUGUGUACCUCCAUUUUCUCUAUUCCCAGUCAUUUUUAUUUUCUCCUUCUUGUAUAUUUUCUUCGAGAAAGCAAAUACAUUCUGCCCCGUUGCUUUUAAGGUAAGUUCACUUUCUGUGAAAUUGGUGCAAACAUUUGCCUGUAAGGUCCAAAGACUGAUUGGUUGAAAUCAAAAUGUUACAUGGGCUAUGUCUACAGCAUAGGCGGCGGAUAGCUUUGUAGACUACGAGUAGUCCCCCAUUUUUCCUCAGGGAUAGUAGAGCGAGCAAAACGCGAGCGCGCGUGAAAAUCACCCUACGCGAGAAAAGGCGACACGCGUGGGGUGAUUUUCACGCGCGCUCGCGUUUCGCUCGCUCUACUAUCCCUGAGGAAAAAUGGGAGACUACUCGUAGUCUAAUAGCUUUGGUGCCGACAUGGAAAGCUAUCCGGUAUAUUUUGAACAGCAAAACGGCAUAGAACUGGAACAAGUCGUUCACACACAUCGAUUAUCGUGCCUGAACGAUUGGCCGAGAAGGGUUUGGUAACCUAAUUCCCAGUCCUCACUCCUUCCGUUUCAGUGAGGUCCAGUCCUAGCGAAUACCAGUUCAGACUUUGUUCACACUGCACCAAAGUGUGGCACAGAACCUAUCCGAUAUGUGAUGCUACACUUUCGAGAUCAGCGCGGCGCAGCUUCGUUGCCGAAAUCGCGCCGAAAUCACCCUUCUUGUGUGUGAGCAAAACCCUACCCGGUUUGGUUUUCGUGCCGGCGAAAGAGCUAUCUUCGUAGUUUGCAACCCACCGUUUAUCUCUUGAUUUUUUUGUACUUUUGUAGAUUAGAAUAUACACGACAAGAUAACUCUAAAAAGCAAGAAAUGGGUGUUGAUGGUCCGUCUCCAGAUUUACGGGUAAGGUUGUCAGUUAUUUUUACACUCACUAAUAUGUCACUGGAUAGAUCGUCAGCUGUUAAAACUCUCUUAGGGACGGACCAUUAGAAAACUUAUCCGUGGGGGCAGGGAUUUUUCCUAGCCGCAGGAAUUUUUUUUUUCAUGUUCUAAAUCAAAAAUCCUUUUAUGAAUAAUUUAAAUCGCAUUUUUUUCAGACCCAUCAUUUCUGCAUGAAUAUUUCAAUUAGGGUAAUUUUCAAAAUGGAUGUGCAAGAAUUUUUUUUUGGUCUGAAAUGAAAUCUUCCCGCGCUCGUUCGAUUUUGAAAUUUUUUUUCAGACCAAAUUCGCCCGCCCCCCUUGCCCUUUUUUUUGGUACCCGCCCGCCCCCAGCCCCCCCCCCGAUAAGUUUUCUAAUGGUCCGUCCCUUAGCUCCAUGCGUUUUAAGCAUCCUGCGGGGAGGGCCUUAAAACAAGGGAAGGGGCUGAUAGAGAUUGUGGCUUUUAGCCAUCACUUGGUGCUCGUCUGAGGAGGUUAGGAAGGCAAGUGAUUACAAGGGAAACACAAAACACUUAAUGAACGGUCCCGAGGCAAACAAUACUGUUUACAUGAAAUACUUUGAUCUUUCACGCGAUAUUCAGCCACUAGGAUAGCUCAGUGAAACCUUUUGUGUUACACAAGUGAGUUGUUGCUUACGGAUUUUUACGUUGCUCCGUUAUUCUAAAGGAUAAUCGUGAAGGAAUGGUAUUUAACUGAAGUUCUUUUGUAACUUUGUAGAAUUAUAAUCAUCGACUGGUGUGUCAUGAUCUUAAAGGAGUCUGGACACUAACGAAUCGCCGUAUUGCGUUUGGUCUGUUUGAAGCAUAUACCAAUACACAGGUGGGUGUCUACACAAAGUGGUCAAAGUUUGGAUUGAUUCGAAGGUUAAUUACGAAGAAAUUUUUAGUGCAGAGUCCUUACAUCAGGCCCCAGUUGUUCAAAAGGUGGAUAAGGCUAUCCACUGGAUAAAUCUCUAUCCACUGGAUAGCACAAUAUUGGUUUCCCUAACACUUAUCCUCUGGUUAGUGAUUUGUCCAGUGGAUAGUGCUAUCCACCUUUUGAACAACUGAGGCCAGGAGUCCAUCAGUCUGGUCGAUCGCACCAAAGGCAGGCGAUCAGUCGUAAUCAUCACAGCUUCACAAAUCAAUGGUUGGCCCCAAACGCGACACAGUGCUCUGUCAAUGCGCUAGCGUUCGAAUCGUCAGCUUUUGAAGCCUUUUAUGGCGGACAACUGAGCCUCAUCAACUCUACUGAUAGAAGCAAAUUUAAUUUGAUUUUGAUUUUAAAUUUUGAUUGGUCGAAAGCCCCGGGAAUAGUUUCCAUACUAAAAAAGAUUUUAAAAACCUUUUAUUUGCCAAUUUUGAUAUAAGUAUAACGAUUUCUUUUAACUUUUUCAGGUUCUCAAGAAAAAUCUCUCUGCGGAUGCCUUGAAAUUUGCGAUAGUAGAAAAAAAAGAGAAGAACAAGCAGGUUCAUGCAUUACGCUUUUAUGCAGUAAUUAUAAUUUUAAAGGGGAACCAGAUCAUGUGAGAAGCUAAUUAUGGUUUUAGCGUUCUAUAUUUUUUAAAUGCAUAGGUUUUCUUCACGUUUCUUUCUGCAUGCACUUUUGACCUUGUUAUUUGCUGUAUGAUACGCCAGUGGCAAGAAAAUUACGCCUGACCAGGAUUUUUAAAACUAAUUAUGAGGCUUGAAUAACUGAACGAGUUAUCCUCCCUCUUACAAGCAGUUUUGAAAAACCUCUAUGUCAAACUUCGCUUUCUUUCAGCUAGUUGGGGUUAUCAUCAUGGGAAAGAAAAAAACUUUUUCACCUUGUUGAUUUGGAACUUGUUAUGAGUCCCAAAUUAAAUUGACAUUGCUCUAUCAGUCGAGUAAAUGUUGAAUUCAUUGUAAAGUUUAUAUUUUGGCUUAUUUACCGUACGGUGACGCGCAUUAACCUCGACUAUAAGCUUCAACCAGUUGCAAAAAUGUUGAGACAUUGACGAAAAAACGACCCUUCAUGCUUCAAAUCACUGCUAGUCACAAGUCUGUGAGAUAUAAUACCUGAACUCCCUCCUCCCUUCCAUUCAAAGUUGUUUCUCCAGGUUUUGAGUAUGGUCUUUGUAUUGCUGGGUGGAGGGGGAAUCUCAAGCACAAGAUCAUGGAAAGGCCAUUUAAGCCAAAGUACGGUACAGUGUCUCAAGUGCUUUUGCAACUGGUUGUAGUUCCAGACCACAGCUGAGAAUACGAAUAAUUAUGAUGCUGUAAUGCAUGGGCCAUUUCCCACAAACUCUGACUUUCAAAACCGGGCUAAGUGCAAACCUUUUUUCGGAAAAUGAGUUCUAUUUCCAUGAUAAUAAAAAUCAUUUUCAUUUCAACGACUUCGCACUUAGCCUCGCUUUGUAGUAAAGGCUUUGGGCAACUCGAAAAUGGUCUGUUGAACGAUAUGUGUUUUGUAUUUUAGGAUGACACCAAGACUGGCUCGCCUCUCAACAGUUCAGUCAAAGCCCGAUCUGCUUCUUACACUAAUAUGCUGGAAAAGCUGGUCAUGGAAAAAGAAUUGAAGUUUGUGGCGUUUGCUGAAGAGGUAAAGUGAAUAUAGUGUGGUGUUCUUACACUUUACUUUUUCUAAAGCUAAUUUGGACUAUUAGACUUUUAUUAACGAUCAUUGUCGGCUUUUUGUUAGGGGACCGGUGAGCAUGAAUAUGUUACUGAGGCCCACCUCCACGGGAUGGCAUUAUGCACUGCAAAUGACGUCAUCGAAGACAGAUGGCAUAGUAAGGGAAUACUGUGUUUGUUUUGCUUGCAGUGAUAUCACGUAUUGUAUAUCUGAUCUGAUAUAUCAUAUCAUUUUGUAAUCAAGCCAAGGGUUACAUUACUGUUAUGCUUUUUGAAAUGCUGGUUAAAAGUUUCUACAUUCACAGUUGGUUUAUAUUGUGACAUGGAGACUGGGCAAAAACGUUUGCUUCAUCAAAAAAAAAUACAAUGUCUGCGGACCGACUAUUCUUUUGUAUUUUUGUUGUAGGUUACUAUAAUACAUUUAUCGGUAAAAGAUAACGCUGCAAUGAGCCGCGUGUAACCCCCGGGCUUAAGAAUAUGUUUUUCUCCUAUAAAAUUACUCGAAAUUCUCUUAGGUUCUUGUCUUUCCUUUCUUACUGAUUCUCUUUUGGUCGUUAUCUUUUUCGUACCAGUUGGACUAGUGAACUCGCAGGUUGUUCUGAAGGGGGUUGAGUCUGAGGGGUGUGUUCUUGUAGCAGCUGGUAAUGCAAGAAUUCUAAACAGGCUUCACAUUCCUGUCUGGAGUAAAGGAGAGAUUUUUAACAAGAACACCUGGUUUGGAAACGUAGAGAACCUACAGGUAAUUUUACUCACAUGUCUCUGACUUAUGUAACUUGCAGGAUAGCUUGCAACUGGUUAGUUCGCUGUUUUCGUGCCCCCUUAAAAUUAAUAUUUACCGUCCGCCAGUUACAACUGCCCCUCGCACAACUUGUCGUAAGUUGCAAAUGUGAAAUUUAUAUACUUUGGAAGAGUUAACGGAUACUUUUGUAAUCGAACCCAAAUUACAGUUAAACCCCGUUAAUACGAACACUGAGGGGACCAUAGAAAGUGUCCGUAUUAAUCGAUUGUCCGUAAAGCGGGGUUUGACUGUAACUCCGUAGUGAAAUGACUUUGACUCUUUUGGAAAAAAAAUUUACCGUAAAAUUCCGAAAAUAAGCCCCUUCAUGUAUAAGCCUCUUCAAAUAUAAGCCCCCCGAACUCGCAACGCAAAAAACCCUCCGUUAAAUCGCCCCUCCAAAUAUAAGCCCCCCUGGGGGCUUGUACUUGGAAAUUGCCUUCAAAUACAAAGUAAAACAAAGCAAAAACGGUAAUUUCCUUUCAACUAUAAGGCUAUCCCAAUCGAUUUUGAGACGCAAAUUUCCCUCCGUAGAUAAGCCCCUCCGAAUAUAAGCCCCUCAAAAAGGGCCUUUGAAAAAUAUAAGCCCCGGGGUUUAUUUUCGGAAUUUAACGGUAUAUACUCCCGACUGUAAAGUCAGCCUUGCUUCUUUUGUUUAAGAUGUGCGUAUUAAUCAGUUUCAGAAUUUAGAGGAAUGUAAGGGCUUUCUUUCCCCGUGGACAAAGCAAACUGUCCGUGAUAAUGAGGUGUCCGUAAAGCAGGGUUUGACUGUAACUCCGUAGUGAAAUGACUUCGACUGUUUAGCGAAAACCGCGUCUAACAUACCUUUUGUCGUAUUUGUUAGUACUUUGCUACAGUCGGUGCCGACGAUAUGAUCGGUCUAGACAGUUGCCCCUGGCUUAGCACGUCUGUAAUAACAGGGAGACUUGACAAGAACUCUUUUGAUAUCGCCGACCUGGCAAAUAUUGUGGGCUCUGGAGAGGCUGUUGGAGGAAUGGUAAAUGCCACCGGAGCGGGGCCUGGACACGAAGCUACACAGUUACAGAGGAUUGUAGCGCGGUGUAGCUGUGAAUUUUAUUUUGCAAGUUUCAGCUCCGAUUUAGAUCCCGUUGCCGAGGAACAUGCUGCUAAUAUUGAGGUAAGUGGAACAGUGUCACAUGACUGUAUCGCGGGUUCAGUGUACAAAUCAUUGAGAUGACGUGUUUUUUUAAGUUCUCCACUGACCAGUUAUGGUAUUCAAGUGAUCGCAGGCUCUGAAAACUUUACUUCAGAUAGAAAUUUCUUAAAAGUUUCCACGAAAGCUUCGCUUUUGGCCUUGGCUAAAUCUAUCCAUUAAACCAUUCCACGGUUUUCUCAAGUUUUGACAUGGGCCAGUUGGCGAAAAUCCGUCGACACCGCUGCAAAUAGCGCCUGAACUAGUAAAGUUGCCGUGCUUGAGAGUUAUGUGUUGAAAAGAAACGAAGAGAAAGCUCCGUGAAGACAUUUGUAUGGUGGAGGGAAAGUUUGUGUCCCCCACCGUGCAAACGUCUGCAAAAUUUCACGACUUUGCAAAGGUGUAUCUUUGUUCCUUCAAAUGCCGUAUUAUUUUUAAACGUUGCAAGUUAACUGAUUUCAAGGCGCUCUUUCUAGAGAUGGAUAUUCACGAGCUGGUCCUUAUCAAAACUUGAAAAUAAAUAUUGGUUUGUUUUCUCUUAUUCAAUUUCAGCCCCCGUCGCCCUCCAGUAGCCGCCUUCGAGAGGAUAGCGCUGCUGUGAACACUUUCACCAUCAGACAUAAGCUGCUGGAGAUCUCUACAAACUCGGUACGUUGUAUGAAUCUCUCUUUGGAGAGCGCGCUAUCGCUGUGGUGAAAUAUGUUGUUUAAUAGCUAUCAGAGAAAGUUAAAGAUAUAUCCUAUUUUCGGUUGAUGUGAUGUCUGACUUCAAUUGUCAACGUAGUGUUUAAAAAUUUGCCUCACGAAUUUGACUGACUUGUCGGCUGUAUUUCAAACUAACCGUUUCUGACGCGACGGAACGUUUUCUGGAUUCGGAUGAAUUUUUAUCUUAUCUCUAAAGAUAGGUGUUACAGCGAACGGAUCCAUAGUAAACUUUCAGUUGGUUGUUGAUUUAAUUUUGAAAGUUCCUGAUUGUGCCUCGUGUCCUCAUAGGUUCAUGCUCAACCAUGCAUUACAUAACACUCGUUAAAAAUUGAAAAAUUCGUUCGUUUUCAAUUAUGUUUCAGGCCCAAUACGCCAUGCUCAUUGACAUAGUCCACAAUGCUGUUUUGUACACGGAACCUAAAAAGAAGGUAAGCGGGUCAAAGCUGACUUGGUUAAAUGCAUCAUUGCGUCAAUAACAAAAUGCUUGAAUCUGAUUGGUUCUUAACAGCCCAUAUUUAUUGCUUAAUUUUGCCAUUGUAUCUCCAAAACUAAAUUGAUUACCAGUUCUUGGAAUUUCCCAGGUCAAAUUGAUACCCCGUUCUAGAAAAUGGGCCAAUUUUUAUAAUGUCACUAGGGUGCAAUGAAAUGUAAACAGUUUGCACAUGAUAACGCAAUGAACCGUAUUUUUAAAAGCAAUCUGUCCUUAAAUAAAAAAGAAAAAUGGCUGAAACUAACAAAACUGGAGACUUUUAUGUUCAAAAAACGCCUUGAAAUGGAUACCCCGUUCUAAAUCAAUAUUUCAAAAUCACGACCCCGAUUGUCGCAUUUUGUUAUUGACACAAUUACCCGUUAUAGGACUUCGUGGGAGUAAUUCAGGGUUAAUCAGCCCAUACUUAUAGCUUAAUUUUGCUAUUUUAACUCCAAAACUGUUCAAUUACCAGGAGCUUGUAAUCGGACAGGUCAAAUCGGAUAGUUAAAGAACCAGUGAAAAUUCAAUUGGCCAAUGCCACUAGCCAAUGAAAUGUGACUACAUAGCACAUGAUAUUAACGCAUCGAUUUGCAGACGCUCUUGAAACUGGAUCAAAACAAGAACGCAUACAUAUCGAUUAGUGUGGACGAAUUGCCUGAAAAACGUAAAGAAUUCAUUGAUUCGAGUUCAAAAAUCUCACUGGCACGUCACAGGCGGGUGUAAAAACCUAUCUCUUGCCUUAAAACGUGAAGCUGUGCAAUUUUUAAUAGCAAAAAACCUUACCGUAAAUCACUUACCACCGAAAGCUCUUCUUGCCUUUCAAACAUGGACUGCAAACUGCAAACGCGACCGCAAGACUGUAGUCACGUGACAUCCUCAGGUUUGUCGUUUGCCGUUAGCCAUGAAAAACCUGAUGCUAAAAGUCUCUAAUAACGACAUAGAGUUUGGGAAAGUUGGGGCACUCGUUCUUUUAUAUGUGGGCUCUUUCCUUGCCACUAACUUCCUUCUACUGAAAGUUUUUAGCCGGUUCAGUUUUGGGAUAUGGACAACAAGAACGAGUGUUAUACCGAGAAAUAGUGUUUUGUUGAAAAGCUUGUCAUAAAAUCUGUCGUAAAAAGAAUCUUGUUAUUAAUUGAUAGAGCUUAUCGAAUUUAAUUUUUAACAGCAAGCGAUUGACAGACUACAGAGGAUGAGAUUUCACUUGCGCCUUUCCACGUCAGAAGAUCAAAGAGCCCAAAUUCUUAGACUUCAGAACACGGUCAGGUAAAUAUGAAAAACUAAGUGUUAGCCUUUCCUCGACGUUUUCUUAAAUUGGAUACUAGAGAGCUUAGAAGCAGUUUGUGCAAGUUUCAGAUCUUCUCAAUCAAUAACAAAGGAAAUAGCAGCAAUCAAAAACCGCGAAAUUUCUGGGUGGCAAAACGUUAAUGAGCUCAUAUAUUCUUAUCUAUUUCUGUCCGGAAUGUCGGGCUCAAAGUUUUAGAGGUAACUGAAAUUGUUAUUCCCUUUCAAUAUUGAGAGAUUUUAUGUUCAUCAGGUAAUGAUAAGUAUAUGUACCCUAGGUACCAGACGUUUUUUCUCGCGCGCGACGAGGAGGGACGAUACGUGUUCGGCCAAAGGCCGAAGACACCGGCGGGUCACUUUUCAAUUAAGACUUGACCGAAACCGGAAACCGCGCAUGAAAAGCCACUGGCAGAUGAUGAGGCAAAAAACUGUAAACAAGGAUUCGCCUAUUCACUAUUUUCGAAUCCCCCGUAAUACACUCUGUUGCCCCCCAAAUUUUGCAUGUUAUUGCCCUUAAAUGCUCUUGGGAAAAUGUAGUACUCCCAGGAGCAUUUGAAAACAAUGGUUUAGAGUGUAUUGUGGGGAUUCGAAAAUAGUCAAUGAAGUCAAGUACUCACCAUAAUAUGUCUUUAUUUUAGGUCCAACUACACGGAAAUGCGAAGACUGGAACGAGAACUUUAUGAAAUAAACUUAUUAAGAAAACAAGCGAUUGAUGAUCAGGAGUAAGACUUCUUUUUAAUACCUGUGUUUAAAGCGGUUUUUAAUCGACAUCUCGAAAGUUCCGUUAAAUUGUUUUCAUUGGCUUGUUUCUGACUGAAGUAUGACAAAGUCAUUCCCGACUUGAGUUGUACUACCAUGUUUUUUCCGCUCUUUGGUGUAGCUACAUGUAUUUACUUUGUGUUCUUCGCGGAUGUUUUGUUUUAAACAUGCUAUUAUAACUUGGCUUUUCCAUUUACUACCGGGAACCAUUUAAAAAUCGCUUUGACCAGCCAUAUAUGUUACUGAUUGUUUUUGUUUUUGUUGUUUUUUGCUUUUCCCCUUGUUUCUAUAGUCAAUUAUCGUUGUGUAUGUGAAAGGUACAGCUGGGAAAUGUUGAUGAAAUGUUGAUUUUACCUUAGGUUGACCGAUGCUGUCAUUGAGUUGGAAAGAACAAUUGAAAAACAAAAAGAGUUACUGAGUUCAUCAAGUUCUGAGUUGCGAAUAAGGAUAAGGUAAGUGUGUAAUGUUGUCAUUGAAAGAGCGACUGAUCUUUUAGAACAAGAACGUCUAAAGGUAGUUCGCUGUUAUAGAGAAAAGAAGUGUAACGUCACGUUAUCAUGGGAUCAUAAUUUCUGGGUCUCAAGAAUCUUUCUUGACAGGGACGAACAAUGGCAUUGUCGAACGAUGGAAGAAUAGCGUGGGCUACCGUUUUGUUCCUGAGUGCAAUCAUACACAGGAAAGUCAUUUUUCCUGCCAUUCUUGCAGAGAUGUAGAGUUUGUAGAGAUCCAGAAAUUUUGCUACCAUGGCAACGUGAAGUAACGACUUCUCCCCUGUCUAUUGGUUUGCCGUUCACUGAUAGAUCUCGUUUAAUCUUGACUUUGUUCUCGUUUUUCGACCCUUUACAGCUACUAAACACUCAAAUACUCACGCUUUUAAAAGUGUAGCAGCUGCUGUUGAUAUUUAGUUGUGGUUUUAUUUUUUGUCACUAUUAGUGCAUACAAAGACUUCUUGAUGAAUGUAAACACACCAACGCCUGAAAAAGGUAAGAUAACAUGAAGCCUUUAAGCUCUAGUAUCCACUCGCAUAAUGUUCCCCUUACGGCCUUUUUGAUAUAAUUGAGGAGAAAUUGUUUAACAAUCAAUUCAACUUACACACCCGACAACUGAUAAUCAUCUCCUUUUUUCUCAUGACCUUCGUGUUUGAGUAGGCAGUAAUAUCAUUAGGAGAAGCUAGAUGUUGGUCAUUUUGUCUCUAUUUGUAGUAUGGGACUGUUUUAGGAGACGUAUUUGGACCUUUGUUAACCAUCUACAUGGGCAAACCGGUCGGUCCACGGUUUGAGCAAAUGGUACACAAAAUUCAGAACUGGCUAAGUUCGUCUUGGAAUCGCGUUUACCAUUUGUACAAAUCAGUUCCAUUUGCUGACAAGCGACCGCGAAGGCCUGAAACUGGGAUCAAAGAUGGCUUUUCGUUCGGAAUAUUCCAUCCGGAACAAACAGGGCCAUCUUUUCAAUUGUUCCGUUGCUCCCGUUGCUUUCCGCUGGAAAGAUCCAAAAAGGCGUGUUACAUUUUCUUUCCAACCAGAUUUUUCAGAACCUUUUUGUAAAUGGUAAACAAGCCCAGUCUCGUCAUUAACGAUAGUUUUCCUGAUCACAGACGUCCUCCUGUCCCGUGGUAACACAGCUAUGCUUAGAAUGUCUGCUCACUGUACUGGGUGUUUUUGUGAGUAAAAUCUGUGAUGACUGGUUAUGUUUUCAGCUCCGACUGCAGAGGUCACAAAAUUGGCUGAAGUUUACUUCAAUCACGCCUCUUGGCAACUCACUCAGGAGGACGGGCAGUUAGCUAUAGCGGAUGUAACAUUUACUAACUUCAGGUAUAGCUUUCUCUUCACGCCUUUUGCUCAGAUCGGUUACCAGUGAUAAUAGAAUUAAAGCCUGAAUUGGCCAUUUCUGAGUUCCAAAAACUCUCACGUUCAAAAAGAGGCUAAGCGCAAAACCUUUCCUGUCAAAAUGAGUUUUAUUGCAUGAGAAUAGGCCGUUACCGAGUAGCCUGCGCAGCUGGCGGGACUUGGGUGGGAGUGCUGUAUUGUUUUGGCGGUGGAGCCUCGAGAAGGGUGGGUAUUCAAGUCAAUUUGAAGUUCCCUCGCGGCCUCGCCACUCGCUUCGCGUGACGGCUCCGCCGCCAAGAAAGUACCCCGGACACAAGAAUCCCGCCAGCCACGCAGGCUAAUUUCUGAGCUGCCAGACGCUUCCAUUUCAAAGUGAGGCUAAGUGCGAUGCCAUGAAUCUGAAAAUGAGUUUUUAUUCUCAUGGACGUAAAAUUCAUUUUCACAAGAAAGGUUUUGAGCGUAGCCUCGUUUUGAAAGUGAGAGUGUUUGGAACUCGCAAAUGGCUCUGCUCUUAGCCUCGCUUUGAAAUAGAUGCUUGGGGUAACUCGGAAAUGGUUUAUUUAUGUCAUUGCGCAAAUACGCAUGCGAGGGAGUCACGAUUGAUUUGGUUGUUGAAUCGGAGUGUUUGAGGAAAUGUGCCAUGAACGAAUAUGUCCCCGGAUUCAAUGCAAUAUCUUGAAUCGACGGCAUCACCGUGAGGAUUAUCUGUACAAGUGAUUCAGUAUAUUUGCAAAAUUGCCAUAUACACUGAGAAGAAUUCCCAUUUUCUUCUAUCAUAGUCUAUGCUGUCAUUAAUAAACCCUGGUAACUAAGAAGUGAAAGGGACCUGUUCGCGUUCAGGAUGGUGACAACUACUAAAUACUGUCAACCAGACUUUAUAGCUUAAAUAUGUCGCCAUUUUCUGAAAGACUUAGGGGAACAAUUUUCAGUGCAGUAUUUUCAAUCUAGGAUUUGUAAUUUCAUCCGCAUUAGGCAAACGCCCAUUUGUUUUCAAAGGAAGAGUGAGCCAGUUAGAAAGAAGAGAAGAGAACAUUUGAUGACUCAACCCUUUUUUUGAAAAACUGUGUAUACCUGAUUUAGUUACAGGAAAACUACCCUUAGUGGUGCUACAAUGGAACACCGUUUAGAACUGGGAAAAUUUCACGUUAGGAACCUUUUGCCAAACAGCAUCUACAAGGUAAUGAUGAUUGUGUUGUGUAGUCAGCAAGCCGCCGCCUACCGGGAGCUUGGGUUACCUGCGCUUGCCCGCUGUAUCUAUUACUUUCUCUAUCUUACAUGCCGCUAAGUGUCUCUUAUAGGACGUUACAGGAAUUUUCUGUUUGUUUGUUCGUCAAUGGGCGAUUUCUUUUGGUACUGAUUACAGUGAAAGAGAGUAGUGGAGUGAAAGUAGACUGCGUUUUUGUUUAACGCUGUCUGUGAUAGAUAGCCCUUAAAGUUUGCUCGAGUCAUUAAAACCAAUGGCGAGAACUUUUCAAUUUAUGUAAUCAUGUCGCGCGUCUUCACUUUUCGAUUGCAUACAGGAUGCCUUGAGCCCACUGGACGUCAGCGCUAAGGGUCACGUGGAUAGAGCCAUAGCUGUCAGGCUGUUUAGUCGAGUGAGGCCUCCAGGUAGGGGAGUUGAUACAUUUAUAAUACAGUAAAAACACGCGACUAAGAACAUGCAUUUUCCCAAAUUAGCCUAAACGGGUUCUUACUUAAAUGGUUAUUAGCACAAAUUUAGGAUAUUUAUGCAUGUUCUUAUUAUCUGAAGAAAAAAAUACAUUGUAGCUAAGAGUAUUUAGUGGUAUAUUUAGCUUAUUCCUCACAUAUAAUCUGCAUACCAAAUUGGAACUUAUGUAAAAAUAAUCAUUAGAAGAAGAACUCAAAACAAAAAAGCACUUUAUUUGAGUGUCAAUGGAUUUAAACCAACUGAAGCAUUAACCACAAUAAUUUUGAAGUCCUACUUCAGAACAUAAGAACUUGUUUGAAAUUCUAGGCUAAACAGGUUCUUAGUCGCGGGUUUUUACUGUAGUUGGUAUCAAAUCUUCUUUGCAAAAGCCUAGUUUGGCUCAUUGUUCUUAGGUUUCUGUUUUGCCGUCAGUGGUCCAAAAAUGAAGAAACUACAGGAGAACAGCUAAAUCUUGGAAAUUUGGCAGUGUUGUGCACUGUUUGCUUGUUAUGAAACAUUAACAACGGCAUUCAAACCAAUCAGUCACAAGAAAAUAAUGAAUGAUUAAAAUUCUGGUUCUAGUCAGCAAGGAUUACAGCCAGUGUCUUUGCCAAGGGAACCAUUCGCCACUAUCAAACGUUAUCUUUCAGGAAAACACAUCGGAUUUGUCGUAUCCAAAGACUUUUUCUGAUAUCUUAUCAGGUGUAAACUUUUGUGUGAUACGCCCUUUUUUCACUCCAUAGUUGGUGGCAUUGGAGUGAAGGAACAUUUUGAAGUAAACGUAUGUCCACUGGCCGUUCGUUUAACGCACCGCUUGUUCAAGAAGGUUAUGGUGUUCUUUUUUCCUCAAAGAGCACAUGAGUACGAGGGUGAAGUUGGUGAGGUGGAACUUGGCUUCAGAGGUGAGUCGCCUCACAUCAAAACUGAAUACUAUUUCAAGGAGGAAACACGGAUGAAACUUCACAGUAUGUGGGAUGAAAAUUCCGUCUAAAUUGAUUCAAUUACGGUAUAGACUAGUAGUUUGGGUACAGUCAGAGGUAGUUUCAGUGGAACCUUGAUUUAACGAAGGGCCAGGGGACUGGCAAAGUAUGCUCGCUAUAUCGGGGUUCUUUUCCAUAUAUUUUACUAUUUACGGGGUAAAGAAUAUCGUCCGUUAUAUGGAGGACUUUUUUACCGAGAGAUUCAUUAUAUCGAGGUUCCUUUUUUCUUUUUUUACUUUAAGUCAGGUUUCUAAGUCGUGCGCAGGCAACUAUUGGGCCAUUUCCGAGUUCCAAAAACCCUCACUUUCAGAAUGAGGCUAAGUGUACAACCUUUCUAGUGAAAAUGAGUUUCAUUUGCAUGAGAAUAAAGAAUCAUUUCCAUAUCAAAGACUGAGCACUUAACCUCGUUUUGAUACAGAGGCGCGGGGGAACUCGGAAAUGGCCUAUUCAACUUUGUCUUAGGGUCUCUUCUCUUCUACGGGCAGGGAAGAGGAGAGGCCCUGGGAACGAAGUUGUGAAGCACAUUUAAGAUUAAAACCAACAAAUAACUCGUCUCGAAAAGACAGUUUUAGGUUUUAGUAAGAAUUCAUCCAUUAGCACAACCGCAUAUUUAGACGCAAUGUCCUGCUCAUAACUAGUCUCACUUUGUUGUAAGGGUAUACAGCCCUUAUGUUUGUUUCGUAUGUGCCACCCAUUUCUGUCAAUAGACUCUCGCGUUAUACAAAUAUCUCUGAAAAUGACAAUCUGUGUCUAGAGGGAUUUCUGUCAUCUUUGCGUGCCUUUCGUUGCCAUUUACGGUAAAAAAUAUUUUGUCUUUUACCCUUUGACAGGAAUGGAAGUUGAAGAUAAGGAAUUGUUCACAUAUGAAGAAGAGGUAAUUAGUGACAAUUUUACUGGUGCUCGCUCCACGCUCAAAUAUAGCUCGGUUCAUCUGCAAUUUUCCAGCAGGGAAUUUCUAGUUGACGAAGGACGUUUACCAUUGUAUUGAGGAUUUCAUGUUUUUGACCCAUAACUUCUAAAUUUUUGUUGCUGAUCUUGUUUUCACAGGACCUUUUAUCUCCCACUGGUAAAACUGUUUCACUGAAGAGAUCACCAAGCUCUCUAUCUACUGCCUCAUCCAAAUCUGGCGUGACUGUCACGGAUUCUCCUCCAUCAUCACCAGCAAACAAAGAAAAACCGGUAAAAAAUUUUAAGCAUUGCGUCCCAGUCAAACAGUCUUUCGUAGCAUUUUGUAUACAGCCUCAAAAUUAGGAGCAGCACUAGUGUUCUUGGUUCUGUUUGUUAGUUAUUGUAUGCCUCUUCACAACAGCCGCCUUGGCAGCACCAGCAAAGUUAACUGACCAAACUUGUACCCAGGGUUCUCUCCUCUCGUUGGGGACGAGUAGAGGUGACCCUGGGAACAAGGUUUAUUGGUGGCCAAUGCAGAGAAGUUAAAACAAAAGUAUAGUUAUUCUUUUGGACAAGAGGAAGUAUAGUAAGUGUUAUGAAGAGUUUACCGUCGUGAAGAGUCAGUAAAAAAUCUGACUUUCGGCGUUCGAAAAUCUUCUUCCUAAACUCCAAUUCUGGGUUCUUGGAUGACGUAAGAUGUCAAUAUCAGAGCAGCCAAAAGAGUCUUUAUAGCGGAGCUCCCCGCGCGCCCGGAGCCCCAUAGCUAAGAAAAUCUAGUUCCCUAUCCAUCCAAGAAAUUUUGAUAGUUACGUGACCGUUCGUCCACCCACCCGUCCUCCCGCCCGUCUGUCCGCACCACAGGACAACCAAUGUGAAAUGUGACACUUUUUAGCUAGUGUUGGAGCCUGCAACCAUGAUAUUACACAUCCAUGUUGUAGUCAAAACAUGGUAUCGUUGACGACCGUAUCGCGGGCUCAGUUGUCGAACCAUCGAGGACACGUGUUUUUUUUUGUUUUUUUUUACCUUACUGACAAGUUUCUAGUUUUCAACUGAUCGCAACUCUAAUUGGAUUUCUUUAUUGCAAUAUUUUUUCAUUAAUUGGAGCUUCGCCUUUAGCCUCGGCUAAAUCUAUAUAACUUAACAUUGAUUUCGUGAACGAUCUCCGGCAACAAAUAAACUGUUGUCAAUAUCCUUAUCGGAGGAAAUUUGGCUCUCAACUCCACAUACUUCACGGCUAUUGAUCGUGAUUGCUCUUCAUAUUUUGUGAUCUUGAACGUACUUUUGCCCUUUUUUUUUCCGACGGCAGGCAAAGAAGAAAAGUACAUUCUACAAACGAAUUAGUGACUAUGAUGACUUAGACAAAAUGAAGGUGAGAUUUCUGUCCUUUUAUGAACAUGAGGUCUUUAACAAAUACAGUCCUUCGUCAUUAAAUCUCAAUUUUUGGCGUUUUGUGUAUUCAUCUUAAUUUAGCUAAAAUUCAGUGUAGUGUAGCAAAACUUACAAAGUUCCAGGUUGUACAAGUCCUGUAGCGAUACUUGCGAGAUUUGCACUACCAUCUUACGUGCAUACACAUCGAAUUUCAGCAAGAUCUUUUUGUGGUUUUGUGUUUUUGUCUUUUUUGUGGUUUUGUUCCCGAAGGUUCAAAAUUUGUAUGUACCAGUAAACGGUCUGAUAAUUGACAAACAUGCAGGCGAAAAAAGCACCUUAUGCAGAUCCCUGUGACUCGGUAAGCACUUACCUUGGCUUUCAUUUAAUCUUACAGGAACGAGCUUCUAAAAAUAACACUUUCAUCUACGUAAAGAUCCCUGAAGUGUCCUUACUUGUGAGUUACAAGGUUUGUGUUUCACUUUUCUCUUCGAUUCUUGUUUUACUCCAAUGUUCAAUUUUAGUGCUUCUCUAAAUUUCUGUCAGUGGAAGUAUAUCGGGAAAUUCUGAGAUUGCCGUUAUCCAUUCGUUAUGAACUUAGGUAUCCGAGCUUAGAACUUAAUUAGCAAUGAUGACUUAUUUGUUUGGCUUCUUAGCUGGCAGAAUCUAGCGCGCAAUAGUGCUUUAUUACACGAGUGCUUUUGUUUUAGCAGUAAGACCGCGAGCAGAAAAUUCCUUGUUGGCUCCUUUCGCCGCUGAAAAGCACUUCCAUACUCUGAUCUCACUAUAGCUACGCAGGCUACUUGUUUGAUUUUGUUGCCUUCUGAUCUGGAUCUACAAUACUGACUAAAACCUUGCAAGAAAGAAGCCACAACAGGCACACUCCUCAUCUCCUGUGUUUUGGGUCAUUUUGCAAUAGUUAAAGCUGAAAAUUGUUUCCCUAUCUUGGCAGGGUGAGAAAGACCGUAACAUCAUGGACGUGCAUAACUUUAGUCUGGUGAUCCCAACACUGGAGUAUCACAACCGUACGUGGACAUGGCAUGAUCUGCUGAUGGCCAUGAAGAGAGACUGUAAAGAUGUGCUUUUAUCACAGGUCAGGCCUACAGCUCAACAGUUUUUGAACAGUUUACUAGCCAGGAUAGUUUCCAAUAUCACGCUUGUUAGAAAAUUGGCUUGAGUUUUCAUAACAAAAAAAAAACCGAAGCAAACUCCUAGUAGAAAACGAAUCGAAAAUCAUUUUCUCACACUUUCGCACACUCGACCUCUCCCUGCCUCGUACCCAGACGUCUCUCUUUUGAUGAAAAUGUCCGCGCAAAGGAAGGCGGGAAGGAGACAACGGGCUUCGCCUGCCGUUUGUACCCUUCCCAUGGUCCCUUGUGGUUCAUCACCAGUCACUCGUUUCGCGCUCGCCUCUGCCAUGCGAAAAACGAAGCGCCGAAGGAGCAGGCUGCGACCUCUCCACUACAGCCACUUUGGGGACAGGGGUAAGUGGCGUUUUUAGGGAGGUAGCCGUUAAGGAGAGAUGAAAAGUAGCCUGCUUGGCAGGCGUCGAAAACGGGGGAGGAUUGGCUAACAGCGGGCGCUCUCAUUCCCUCGUUUCCCUUUCGAGUUUUUCUUCCCUCCUCACCUCUCCCCUUCUUGCGACUGUCAUGCCCAUGUAGGCUAAUAUAAAGCAAGAGUCAAUGUACACAUCGGCUGAAAAGCAAGUGGCCGUAAAGAUGAGGCGACUGUCAGUUCUACUCUAUUAAUCUCGUUUUUCUUUGUUUUGUGAUAUUACACAUCCUCUUUUCAUACAAACACAUUGAUAAGAGUGUUUACAACAGUUCCGGUACUUGUGUGGUGAAACGAAAAGAAAAAAGUCGGGAAACGUUUCUCUGAACGUCGCUGAAUUAUAGUGACUUAGCGAAGGGGUUGAGGAUGACCUUAAAAGAAAUGGACAUUAGUUGAUGUAAUUAGUGAUGUGUAUGUGAAAAUAUUAUGAAACUUGGAAUGAUUGGGAAAGUAUAAACAAAUGCACUUUAUUUGAGUGUCAAAGUUUUUAGCACAAAAGGUACUAAUUGAGGACACUAUUUUUACGUCUCCUACUGGAGACGGGAACACCAUUUUAUGUGGUGCAUCCGAGCCACCCGAAAGUCUAGCCGUUUGCACGCAUGGCAAAGGUAGUAGCUUCAUUUCUCGGUACCCUGAGUAUUAGUCCGGCUCCGGGAAUCGAACCUGUGACCUCCCGCUCUACAGUCAAGCGCUCUACUGACUGAACUAAUCCUGCUGCCGUUUGCCUUUUCUUUUCUAGGCCAUUAAAGAGAAGCUUCAUCUUGCAGGCGGACACGGUACCGAAACCAAGGAAUCCAAGUCUCAGGCCAAGUUAGUUUACACUGUUUUGGUGUUCGACUUCUCACUUCUGAUAAGUGACUUGACUAGUAUACUUUUCUUCUGGUUUUUUGCCUGUUCCAAGCGUUCAGAAAAUGGGGAGCGAGUUAAAUCGUGAGCGGCGAGCGAAAGAGGAGCUUGAGAAAGAGAAAAAGAACGAGGGGAGACUAUUUUUCCCUCGUCAAUUUUUCGCCGGCGCUCUACUAUCUGAACGCCUGGAACAGGCUACUCUGUCUUGGUUUCGCAAUCCAUCAAGAGCUGUUAACGCUGGUUUGUGAUAGCAAUAGAGUCGGAGUUGGAGUCGGAACGGCUUAAGCGGAUUCAUAAUAUCGCCUAUGAGCUAGUGAUAAUCAUAAAUCUGGGUGUAAUUAGUAGACUAUACAGUGAUCAGAACGCCGGAAUCACUAGAUCGUAAAGCCCUACGCUUCUGGUUACGACUCCAGUGGCUGAUCCAGUCCUUCAGAUAAGGGAGGAGGGGGAGGGGGGGGGUUGGUCUCAAAAACAAUUUUGUUCGGCCCUUCGGGCCUCAGUCUGUUCAAAAAUAAGGGGGGCAACGGACCCUACCCUGGAUCCACCACUGAACUCCUACUCUCACUCAUCUUCGCUAGUGAAACUAGUGCGGCUCAAGAGUGGAAGGUGAUGAAAGUUAGGAUACCGUUACAGGGAAAUGUGAAGUGACAUUAUUCUCUACUUCCCCUCCCCUGUCGUUCAGCCGAGACCCAACUCUCUUGGCGGGGGCCUUUGAUUCACUGAGUCCUUCUCGCCCCAUGCUCCCACCAGAUUUAUACCUGUUAGCUGCUAUGUUUUUAUUUACAUUUUCCCAUUUUCCUUUAGAGAGGAAGACAAGGCACGGAUGUUACUUGGAGGCUUUGUAAGUUAGCUAAAUCAUUUUUCAUCCAGCUAUAGCCUAUUUUAUUUAAGUGUCCAGGAGUUAUCUCAUAGAAAGAAAGGAUCGUUGUUUAAUUUCUGUAGCAAACAUCCCUUGUUUAAAUCGAGAAUCCUCCAAUUCUUUACAUGGAAAGUUUGUUCCUCACACAGAGCGUUGUAUCAGAGCUCUUUUUAUGAUCGUACACAGUUUUGCCGCAGCAGUGAACGUGCACCACAAUAUUUGUCUUCAGCCAGGUGUACACGUGCAAAUACGCGUGGUGACAAAAUACUUUGAUAUAGGGAUGAGGGAUGAAUACUAUACUAGUUUCUUCAUUACUCAGGAAACUGAACUCCUAUGUUUGUGUCAAAGCUAACGAAUUGGUUUUGAAGUGUUUUAGUAGUGUUUACGUUGUGUGGAUAGUGAAAUGAUUUGGCUCCGUCGGGGUUGGUAGAAGCUAGUUCAGUUCGUUGCGCUUUCUUUGCAUGCGAUCUGAGACUAAGAGUAAGUUGAGCUAGAAUUCUUUUAGAAUGAAUUUAAGUUCCCAUUUUUUCUACGUUCCAACUCUGUUACCCUCUUAUAUAACGUUCUAAAAUAUUAAUAGUAAUUUUCAAUUAUUGUUUUAGCAACCAAAAGAUCAAGAGAAGAAAAGAAAGAAAAAAAUAUUCAGUAAAUUGGCUAAAGUUACUCUUGGAUCAAAACGAAAAGGUACGUGAUUUUGCCCGGUCAUUAACUUACAUUAACUUGCAUGGAAAUUAAUAUAAGCCCGCCAUAGCCACUGAAAUGGCAAGGGCAGUGGUCAAACCUGAACUUGAUCCAGUAUAAACUCUUGAAACUUCUUGAGAUGCAAACCCAUAAUUUAGGAUCGAAAUGCGCCAGUUACUUAACACGAUGGUGCCUCUAGGUGUUUGAAAUUGUCGCAGUCAGUAACAUAGUGGCUAUCAUAAGACAAAGGAUACAUGAACACUGUCUGAUAUUGAGCUCGUUUGGGGUGAGGAAUGGCUCACUAUUGUCUAAGUGUAGUCGCCAUCUUUGAUUGUUUAAGCAGAAAAAAUUGGGUAAUAGAAAGUGUGAUCAACAGAGUGGCCGUAAAGCUAUCACUUGGAAUGCCCCUACCUCCUGAAAAAAACUUGCACUGCUUGCUAGCUGACCUGACUUUGAGGACAGUAUGCAGGAAACUAACAAACUAUUUUCAUGUAGGAUUGCUGCAACCUGAUGGAGCGGGGCCUGAACCCGUGGAUUUAGAAGAGGAUCAAGAUUUUGAGGAGUUUGCAACUUUGGAAAGUGACGCUCGACCGGGACAAGAAGAGGACGAUUCUGACAAUAGUGAUGCAACGUGACAGUUGUAAUAUUUCUUCCUUGGAGCUGAAAACUUGGAUUAAAUGCGUGACCAAAGAAUCUGGAAGCAAUUUCGACUUUGCAUACCGGAAAGAUCUUAACCAAAUGAUGAAUAGAUAUCUGGAAACAAACGUAACACUACAGUUUAUAAAAACAAGGUGGAAACAAAAUAAAGCCGAGUGAUAACACUCGACAGUUGGAGACUUGGAAACAAGCAUCCUGAUUACUUGAUGCAGAUCGAUCUGUAGAGGGUACUAGAACAAGCAAUAGCGGUUAUUAUGGUGGGGUCUCUCGUUCAAAUGUUUUGAAACUUAGAAGGUAUUCUUAAAGACGUUGAGAGUAUAAUUUACAGCAAGAUAGGGUAAUAUUUUUUGUUUCAAAUUUCAUAGCCUCGAAUACAUGUAAGAUACAAAAAUAUGAAGUUGUUAACAAAAUAUACUGCCUUUCGCAGGCACCUGGGCUGAUAUUAUAAUAUUUAUGCUUUUAUAUAGGUGG